AUGACGGUGGACUUUGAAGAAUGUAUAAAGGAUUCACCCAGAUUCAGGUAAGGCUGUUACUCGCAGCGGUGCGCAAAAAUGGCACACCUUCUUUUACGCAUGAUAUUUAUUUAUUUAUUUUUGAUGAGGACAGAGCGGUUCCGUGUUUUAAUGCUGAAUUGGUAAUGGCAUCAACAGGGUGGAUGUUACAAGAUGCCGUGCCCAAUGUUUCAUAUGCUCAACAACAGCAACAGAGUGGCGGUUUUUUCCUCCGUUUUAGUCUUUUUCCAUUCAUGACUAGAUUUUUCAAUGACACAUAUUCUUCAUCCCUCUAAUAUUUUUUUGCAAUACAACACAAAUUACCCGCGGACAUGAGAGUGUCAGAGGUGCCUAUGUGGUUGUCUAAUUUUUAAGAUGUGGGAUGUGACGUUAGUUCAGUGCACAUGAGAGGAGGGACACUCAUUGCCACGCACAGUAAGGAUCCAUUUUGCUUGAGUGUAAAAAAUGUGUGAUUUUCAGAGCUGAUGCCAUGCCUUAUUCAAACCUCUCAUGUGCACAGGAUGAGAGGGAGGCACUCCUCCUAACGUGGCAGUGAAACAAUCAAGGUUUUAUAAGUGACUGUGAGAGUGUGUGACUGAGCGAGGCAGGGUGGCAUACAGGUUGAGUGCUUUUUGCGCUCUAAGAGGCCCUGCAGUGUAUGUUUGUGGUAGGAGGCAGGAGAGGAGAUGUCCUUGCAGCAGCAGCAGCUUUAGUUUGACUGCAUGGCAAAAAGGCAGCAAGGAGAGGAGCACACACUCUCUCUCUCUGCAGGGAGAGAGCUCAUGUCCCAGGCACAAAUCCAGCUGUUCGGCCUCUUCUAUCCUGACUGGAGGUUGUAGCCACAUCCAGUCCACGUGCCAGUCUGGCUUUCCUCCUGUGGGAAACUGUCAGGAGAUUUAACAGCAUGUAGGCCGGGGAUGCCCCGUUAACUCUGCCUGGCUGGUCUCUUCAGCGUGUCUUCAGUUUUUAUCCAUUCCUGUUGCCCCGUCUGUUUCCCCAUGUCAGCAUCUGCUGCCUGUUUUUCCUUGGUUUUCCAUGUUUGUUAGUUUUUUGCUUUCCUUCCUCUCUCCCUCCACAAUAGACAUAAACUUUUCUUGCUCGUGGAACAUGAUGUGACUAACAGAGAGUUUGUGAUUUGAGUGAGCAACAUCACUUUUUGGCUUAAACCCUGGGAACUCAGUGAUAGAUGGUGUGAAUGACAGGUCAUAGGGAAAGACAUGUUCAGAUGCUUCCCUUUUCCGCCUGGUUAACUUUCUCAUGGUCUUGGAUGGAGAUUGCCAUGUGGGAAAUUCCACGACUGUCAGAGGAAGCUGAUUUGUCCUUGGUUUUAUGAGCUGUGGAGAAAAUGAAGUGUUGCACAAUAUUAAGAGAUCAUGUUGAGUGUAAAGGAAGAAUGACAAAAACAGAUCACGUUUCUUUUACAAAGAGAUGUUAAACGGAUUUCAAACAAUUAAAAGUGAACUCUACCCUUCAUUUAAGUACAUUAACUCGCAUUCUCGCUUGUUUGGUAUUAUCUGUACAGAAAAGAAGAACGGUAGGGACAUUUUGUCACCAACAAGGCAUUUUUGUACGCUUAGACGUCCACCUGUGUCAUUCUUGGAUGUUUCAAACUAAACUAAACCAGAUGGAUAUUCUUCCUUCUCUAGAAAAAUCACAGCCAGUCGAUUAUGACUGAUAUGACUUCUGUAUUUUAUUACAGUCAGUCAUCAUAUUUGCAUGUUUUUCCGAGCAUAUCAGAGUGACUGUGUUCCAGUUUUCUUUCUUCUUCCUGUUGUGUCAUUUUGGAGAAACAGGAGAGUCUAUCUUCCCACACAUGCUGCUAAAACAGCUCUCACACACCCUCUCACUGCAGGUCUGCACUUGUAGCUGUGCUGCGUGCCCAUAUGCAUGAUUGUGUGAGCAUGAAAGAAUUCAAAAGCCAUGCCUGCAGAUCUGUAACACGCACACACACACAGACACACAAACAGACACGCACGCACCUAUAUGCCUUAUGUCUCAGUCAGUCAUACUGUAGAUUAAUCUGUUUCUUUUCUUCUCAUCCCUGCCUUUGAUUCUCCUGCAGUGUUUGUUCAUUCAUUCUAGGACAAAGCAUGUGCACCUGCCUGUAAUUGUUGAUCCUGAAUGGCUGUAAUCUGAUUUACCAGCGACUUCAGGUCAGUUCAAGGCUUGUGCCCAGUGAUAGUUCAUUUGAGGUUUCUUGCUUGUAGCUUGAUUUUGACGGCAGGGCAGGUGAGAGCAGUUCUCCUCAGCCCCUCUUACGAAUCAAAAGCAGUUUUUGUUACAUUAUAAAUGAAAAGUAAUUAUGGCCACAGCACAUUUCCCUAAUAUUAUAGUUUUACUUGUACACUAAUGAAGAACAUCCAAACUGUGGCUUAAUUGUAAUGAUAUAAGUAUUAAUAUACACUCACCGGCCACUUUAUUAGGUACACCUGUCCAACUGCUCGUUAACACUUAAUUUCUAAUCAGCCAAUCACAUGGCGGCAACUUAGUGCAUUUAGGCAUGUAGACAUGGUCAAGACAAUCUCCUGCAGUUCAAACCGAGCAUCAGUAUGGGGAAGAAAGGUGAUUUGAGUGACUUUGAACGUGGCAUGGUUGUUGGUGCCAGAAGGGCUGGUCUGAGUAUUUCAGAAACUGCUGAUCUACUGGGAUUUUCACGCACAACCAUCUCUAGGGUUUACAGAGAAUGGUCCGAAAAAGAAAAAAUAUCCAGUGAGCAGCAGUUCUGUGGGCGGAAAUGCCUUGUUGAUGCCAGAGGUCAGAGGAGAAUGGCCAGACUGGUUCGAGCUGAUAGAAAGGCAACAGUGACUCAAAUAACCACCCGUUACAACCAAGGUAGGCAGAAGAGCAUCUCUGAAUGCACAGUACGUCGAACUUUGAGGCAGAUGGGCUACAGCAGCAGAAGACCACGCCGGGUGCCACUCCUUUCAGCUAAGAACAGGAAACUGAGGCUACAAUUUGCACAAGCUCAUCGAAAUUGGACAAUAGAAGAUUGGAAAAACGUUGCCUGGUCUGAGGAGUUUCGAUUUCUGCUGCGACAUUCGGAUGGUAGGGUCAGAAUUUGGCGUCAACAACAUGAAAGCAUGGAUCCAUCCUGCCUUGUAUCAACGGUUCAGGCUGGUGGUGGUGGUGUCAUGGUGUGGGGAAUAUUUUCUUGGCACUCUUUGGGCCCCUUGGUACCAAUUGAGCAUCGUUGCAACGCCACAGCCUACCUGAGUAUUGUUGCUGACCAUGUCCAUCCCUUUAUGACCACAAUGUACCCAACUUCUGAUGGCUACUUUCAGCAGGAUAAUGCGCCAUGUCAUAAAGCUGGAAUCAUCUCAGACUGGUUUCUUGAACAUGACAAUGAGUUCACUGUACUCAAAUGGCCUCCACAGUCACCAGAUCUCAAUCCAAUAGAGCAUCUUUGGGAUGUGGUGGAACGGGAGAUUCGCAUCAUGGAUGUGCAGCCGACAAAUCUGCGGCAACUGUGUGAUGCCAUCAUGUCAAUAUGGACCAAGCUCUCUGAGGAAUGCUUCCAGCACCUUGUUGAAUCUAUGCCACGAAGAAUUGAGGCAGUUCUGAAGGCAAAAGGGGGUCCAACCCGUUACUAGCAUGGUGUACCUAAUAUAAGUAUUAAUAUACAUGUGGGUGUGAGCUGUUGCCUGGCAACAGCUUCCAUUAGUGAGAUAAAUGGGAGUGAAAAUAAAAGAGGCCAAAAGUUUUACAAAUGAAGGAGGUUAGAAUGUGGAGAGGGGCAGAUAUUACCUCAAGAGAUAAGUUUCAAAGUGACAAAAGCGUCUGUUGACUCAAAGUGAAAACUGAGAGAGCGGUUGGUUUUGGUGACCAUCUACUUUCUGUUUUGAUACAUUUACUAGAAAGAAAAAGUGAAAAUAUCAGUCGUGAGGAAACUAUCACUCAACAAGAAUAUCAGGGCCACUUCAGGUGUGCCUAAACUGCCUUAUAUUUUCUUUAUCUUAUCUAAACAAAUAUAAAAUGAAAAAUCUGAUUUUUGCCCUGGUAGGUUGUUUCUCAGGUCAGUGGGGUUGUACAGAGGAGUUAACAGUUCUGGAGAACCAGCUGCACCUGUCUGCCUCCCUCCUACCCAUGAAUACAACGUACAGCCUUAGUACACAGUCUGUGCAGACAGGUUGAGUGAGUGUGUCAACCAGAAAGUGAUAGGAGGAGAAAGAAAGGUUAGAGUGAGCUCACAGGAUAGAGAUGUUAUUCUGUGAAGUCAAUAAAUUAACAUCAUUUUCACCAAAAUCAAAUAUCACAGCUCUUGCAUUUUAGUGCAUAUUUUUCAAUGGCAAAAAAAGCACUGAACUUCUCUCAAGAAUUGCACCAAUAAUUUUGACUCUGAAAGAGUCUGUGACGGUUAAAAGAUGUUUGAAUAUUUCAUUUUUCUUAUUAAAUCUCUUCUGAAGUUUGCUGGUGAUCCCUAAUGUUCUUGCGCUCUUCCCUGGUCUAAUAUCUGUUUGGUUCCUCUCAGGUGUGUCUCUCCAGUGGUUACUAUGGUUACCUAUUGGAAUAACAUAUGGGAGGUCACAACCUGCUGUUUGAUAGAUGCAGUCCUUAUCCCUGUUUUCUGCACGAAACAUCAGCAGACGCUGCAGUACCUCAUUGUUUGUACUGACACUGACACUUGACACUAUGUGAUUGUAUUUUCAUUACUCUCGGCAGCACCUUCUCUUACUUACAAAUAUGAUAUGCAGUUAUUGCUCCCCUAGUCAGAAAACUGGAGCAGUUUUACAAAAAAUAAAUCUACUGAACUCAAGAGAGACAGUCAACAGCAAAUAUAUUAUUAGAUAAAGGACGUCAGAGAACAGUUUAGGUGGUAUGACUCAUAAAUCACUUGGAUUUAGAGAAAGAACUGUUAGCACAAGGAGAAAGCAGCUUUUUGUCUCUUUCAUUUGAUAUCCAACAUUAUUUAAAAGCAUGUCUCUGUUUAUUGACAGAUUAAAGUGCUUUUGAUGCUUGAGAUAUUUGUUUGGCGCACUGGUUUUACGUCACUGUCUGGGUUUUUAUUCCCUACCUGUGUCAUCAUCGCCUUUAAUCCCUCUGUUACACAUCAUCCUGCUUGUCUAAGAUAAUGAAUUCUUACCCGUAAGCGGCCUCUAAAACAUGCAAAUGUGCUUCAAUCAGCCUUGGGGGAGGAAGUAGCACCACAUUUACUAAAGGUGACCAGUCGCUUCCUCUCUGCUUUGGUCGAGGAGGGGCUCAUGUUUGGGAUUAGAGCCGGAAUAUUGCUUUGUUACAGAGUACACUGAACACUAUAUGUGACCUUAACACACUGCAUAUGAUUUUAUACUUGAGAGGAAAAUGCCUUUAGUGCUGAAUAAGAUUACCUGCAUCCUAAGUGGGCUGACAUUGAUGUACUGCAUCUUUGCUAAUGCAGUGAUGCCUGGAAAGUGUCCCUGAGCCAAGGCCAAAGAGGAAUAAAUCUUAGGACACGUGUUUGUUUCAAAGUUAUUUCAGAGGAAAACUGCUUUUAAAGCUGUCUUAACCCCCGAACUUACCCAAAAAUAGUUCCCCUGCACAAUAUCAAGUCCUUGGCAAAAUGCUUAGGAAGAGGCCAGAGUAGACCACUUACAUUUAGUCACUAAUGUCAGAGCACUCAUUCCCAACCACUCUUGAUUGCACCCACACAUCAUACAUGGGACAUGUAAUCUAACAGAAAAAACACAGAGCUAAAACAAGAAUCACCAAGAUAGAGGUACUUCAUCCAAAUCAAGGCUUUUGUCACUUCUCUUUCUUAAAAACUCUGUCUUUCCUCCAAACUGUUUAAUCCCAGUCAGUACUUCCAUUAGUGUUUACCGCCAAACAUCAGAAAUGGCAAUUUAUCUUUCAUUUAGCUUUGAUGAAGUAUUACCCCCAAAGCAAAAGGUUACUCAUCAUAGAGGUUGAACAACUGAGUUAAUGCUGGACUUGGUCAAAUUUAUGAAGAGAAAAAAAAUACUAAAAUAUUUGAUCCUUAAUUCUACUUAAGCAGAAGUGAAACUACAAGCCUGUGAAUCUAAAAUGUACUCAAAGUACUUUGUUAUGAGUUCUUACUUUAAUCCAAUGAACUGGUGAGUGGGUGGGGUGGGUUUAGAAAAAUAAAAGGCGAAAACAUUGUAACAAUAAUCAUCCUGCCCUAAUUGUUGAAGUAUAGCCUAAAAACAGGAGAACAUUCAUGUCUAAAGGAAUUUUGUUUACGCAUCAUCCAACAAAAUCGAAGUUAUUCAAUAUUUUUGGUAUUACACUGCAUUGACGGUUUCUCUGUAUAUUGAACAGCUUUUACAUCAGUUCAUACAGAUGAAAAUCAGGCUGCGGCUCACUGUCACCCUUAGGUGGCACUGGGACAGUGAUGUUUUGCAGGUAAUUAUCUGCCUGAGGAAGAAUAAAUCUUUGAAUGUAUUUACGACCUCUACAAAAGGAUUUCUAGUUGUAUUUCAAGAGCUUGUAUGUUCUUCUCUUCUGCUCCAUGCAAGUUCACCUCACUGACACUUACUUUUUUUUUUUUUUGGUGACAGACUCAUUGUUGAAACAGUACAAUACGUUCCACUGAAAAUACCUGAUAAAAGUUGAUAGAUAUUUACAGAUGUAUUGAGUGCAGUCUUGAGUCUUCCAUAAAGAACUUUUAGUUUGUAUCAAAUGACAAAGCAGUAUAUUUGAUCUCUUCAUUGAUUGUGUCAUGUGAUUUCUUUGAAUAGUAAAAUGUUUCACCAGAUCUUUAUGGAAGACCACUUGGGUUCAGUGUCCAUGUGAGUUAUGAUUGAACUGGGAAUCACAGGGAAAUCAGAAAGGAACACUGAUUUAGAGUCUUUAGUUAACUGGUAAUCAUGUGAGUGACCAGAUCAGUAGCUGCCCUCUGUUUUCCCAAGAGAACAACCAUUUAACCACCAAUUGACCUUUUACUUUCCUGUGACCCACAUGUGUCACUAAAAGACAAAACGGUGCAAAGGGGCCUCAUAAAAAUAUGUCUCAUCAGUUCACAUAAAUAUUUUAGUUUCCUGCGUGUGUAGAGGUGGAGGCUUUGGUGGAAUGCUCUGACUGUGAAACUGCAGGACAUCUUUCAUGUCAGGGGCAUGGAAAAUUUCUGCCCACUUCAAAGGAGCUGUGGUGUUUGUGGGCAAGAGGAUCGGGGUCACCAGUUUGGUGCUACAAAGACUUCCAGCACUUGUGUUGUCUUACCGAUAUUGGUAGUGCUUGUCUUUCUUCAAUCAUAAUGCUCUGUUUAAAGACAUGGAACCAGUCUAACAAAGAGGGCAGCCCCACCCUUGUUGCACUGCGAGCAUGGCUGUGUGCAUGGAAAUGAUGCCCCUGGAUGAUGUCAGAUAAAAUGAGCACACUGCUGCAGUGAAUUAGAGCCAUAUGACAUCACAUACAACCGAAAGUGAUUCAAAGAGUGCAGACAGAAAACAGCGGCUUCUGCAGAUGUUUGGGGAGUCCAAAAAAAACCUUGGAGCGAGUGGAAAUGUUUUAGGAAGUAAUCAAGAGGUUUUGCCAGAGAGCUAAAAAGCUGCUCAUUUGCCCACACAGCAUCUUGUUUGGACGCUGAACUGUUUGUUUGCUUGGAAACGUGGUAAGCAGUGAACGCAUUGUGAUUGCUUCUUUCCUUACAAAUCUGAAAUCCCUGCUUGCUUGCUCACACAAGGGACCGACAAAUGGAUGCAGUGGCUUAAUCCGGACUGAUCAUUCACAUACAAGCCAAUUUGGAUGUCAAAGAAAUAAUAACAGCUGACAUGCAGAGGGGGAAGCUGCAAGCUCUUUAUAAAUCUAAAGCCACACAUCAGGGCAGGUGUGUUAGUGUGGGCCUCCUGUCACUGAUGAUUGACUGAAUUAGGCCUAUGAUGAAUCAAGACAGCUUAGCAGGGAUUUCUGUCUUAUCAAAACCUGUCCAGCCACUAACAGUCCUCAACAACUGUCCCUUAAAAAUAAAUCAAGGGUAUUUUUGUCACCAGUUUGCUGGCAGUGUACCUGCGUUUGAGGCUUGAGAAGACACACUUCGUAAAUUAAAAAUUGUCAGACCAUACCACCUACUGUGUGAUGUGUUGUGAAACUGCGGAUUAAAAUGCAAGACUUCAUUUUUGUUGCAUGAUUCAACAUGUCGUACUCUCUUUUCUUUGAAGCCGCAGUAUACACAAUAUCCUCUGCUAUAAAUAUGUGCUAACAUGGUUUUCAUUUUCCUGAGACAUUUUGUGUCACACGUGUAUGCAUGUACAUGUGUGCCUGCUGGCUAACAUGUAGGCAAAUCACAUUUUCACAUUUCUGUCCCUGCUGGCUUGUCAAGCGUACAGCGGUUUGACAUGUUCAUGAGAGAGCGUUCAGCGUCCAGCACGUGGACACUUCCCCCUGAAUCCUCGCUGCAGCAGAUUUUCUACUGCUCUGCUGCACGUGCUGUCGGGGGACUUAGCGUGGGACCCAUAUAUGAAAUAGGAUUAUCAGUAACCACACUGUCUGAUUAAAUCAACUGGAUAGCCUACACAACCUAAUACAGCUCACAUACUAUCAGCUUCUUACCCUGAGAACCUCAAUAUAAUUUCCCUUCCCUGAAUUAGUAUCAGGCAGGAUGAUGCAAAUUUGAAGGAAUUGCUUAAACACAGUUAAUGUCUGAUUGCAGUUCAAAUGACCUCUUAGCUUGGUAUUUGUUGCACUGAGGACAUCAGUGUUCUGAGAAACAUGAAUAUUCUGCCAGUUUAGGUACCAUUCACCGUAGCUGAAUAAUUUUAUCUGACCUUUAACCUCACUGCAGGGCUUUUUAAAGACCUGCCUACGUGAUGGCAUUAUGGUUAAGAGGGGAUGUUCAAUGUAUGGCAUGGUUAAGUAUGCUGCUUGAUUUUUCUCUUCAUAAUAACCACAUUUAUCCUGGAAUUAGAAACACAUGAGGGCUAUGUGUGUUUAAAGAUGUGUUAACUGCAUGUUGAGUCAAUAUUGCUGAUGAUAAAAAAAUAUAUAUAUAAAAGGCUCAUAGAAAUUGUGUUGGUUAGGGCGACCUUACAUCCUCUUUUACCCGGACAUGUCCUCUCUUUUGGGGGCUGUCCGGGUUUGUCCGGCUUUGUCCGGGGAAGUUUAUCAAACCCUUCAAAUGUCUGCAGUUUUGUACAGAUGUUUUGAGUUUGUGUCACGUGGACUUACUGAGUUAGAAGCGCGUAAAAGACACUUGAUAUGACCCGAAAAAACUCCCCAAAUUAACUGUGUGUGACUCCGUGACUCCACCCCUGCUCAGUCGUGUCCUUUUUUUUGGGAAGUCAGAAUAUGGUCACCCUAGUGUUGGUAGCUGUAUAGACCGUAGACAUUAUACACGUGGACGCCUCUUACGUUCUGGAGCAUAAUCCAGCGUCGACACCAUACCGGAUGGGUCUCCCCACUCUAGGCUAGCUCAAGAGCCAAACGGGGUCAAUGGAGAACGAGCAACUAUGCCUGUAUUUUUGCACUCUAUGGUUGAAAAACCCGACGCAGUAUUGAAACCAGAUCACGUAGGAUUACAUUUCACAAAUAGGAUUGAAAAAUAAUUUGUUUUAUUUUUAAUGCGUGACAUUGUCCUGUAUUAUUGCUACAUCCCUGCCCUUGUAACAAACCAAACAGUGUAAAAAUCGGGCAGAGAUUUGGAGAGUUAUUAUCAAUAUGGUUGGGCAUUCCUACCUACCUUAAUGCACUGGAGGCGCUUGGGGGACCAAUCCAAGAUGGCGGCUGCGCUGAUCCGAGAGCUCCAAUAGGCAGCGUCAGGCUUUGGGGCGUCUAGGUAUAUUAUGUCCAUGGUAUAGAUGAUAUACUGCUAAAGCUUUGUUUAAGAAUUGAGCUAUCUAGCUAGGGUAUUUUGCACUGUACUUACUGUUAACCGAUCAUAAAGAAGAACAGACCCUCCAGCUGACUGUAUCCCUUACUGUGAAGCCUUUUGUGUCUAUGUAUGCUUAGUUUUCCCAAUCAAAGCAAUGACUGAUGUUCAGCAGGGCAAAUUUAAACUUCCCUGUCAUGAAAAUGCCAUUUUAAGGCAAAACAGCAGCAGCAGAUUCACAACUUAUGCCUCACAUUUCUCACCUGUCAGCCUGAAAUCUGAGAGAUGCAACAGUAUCAAAGCUUUACUGGUCCUUACUGUUAACAUUGAGGGUUAGAUUGAGUUAGAUUCAUGCCUUAACAGGAGUGUGAAAUAUGGCACCAAUUAAACCUUCUCAUAGUUCUCAUUGCAAUCACUCAUCCCUGCUGAGAUCAGGAUUUGGUGGGAAGUUUGCUUAAGUCCUGCCAAAGGCCUGUUGAAACUCGAAUCAAAACUAUUAAGUAAAUCGUCCAAAUCUUGUUCCUGGGCUGCUUUCCUCACCUUGGCACUAUGAAGUAUUUUCUCAGUUAAAAGUAUUUGUUUAUCUGUGGAUGUCAAGCUCAGUUCAAACAUUCCUUUUGUCUUCACUGAGCUUCAGAUUUUAAGGCUUUACAAGGUUUUCAACCCUGUUUGCCUGUUUGGUGUGUCUUGUAGACAUUUAUAGACGAGUGAGUCAUCAACAAAUAGUUUUGUUUUUUUUGUUUAGUAUGUCACAGUAGAUGCCAUGUCAGAACUGAGAAGCUGCUGUUGGGAACUUUGUCUGCAGGAAAUUGUUAAAUCACACUGAGCGGAAACAAGCAGGAGCAGCCAGCAUGUUAUAUGUGGAAUGUUUCUUUAGUGGGAACACUUCAGCACUGACAGCAACCCAUUUAGAUAUGCAUGGAUAAAACCUCUUAAGACAUUAGUACAUGUAUGCACACAUGCAGAAACUUACAAAUGUUGGUGUGCAUGUUCUGUAUGGUACAAUUACACCAUUGCCGUAUAGAAGGUCUUACUCUGCAGGGUUAAGGGAUCAAUCAGCCAGUGGUUUCUUGCAAUUUAAGAUCUAAAUUUCUAAACGGGGAACAUGGUGUCUCAAAAUUACACUCAACUGUCCAAGAAUGGGGGUUUUUGGUCUGCAGAAUCAGAGCUUUUAACUUCAGGGUGGCUGGUUUUUGAUAGUUUUGAACUUUACACAGUGUUUUACUUCUUUAUACAGUAGCGUUGAAGGAUCAGUAAACUGUAUUGCAUCCUGUGGCGCAUUUUGCCAAAAUUAACCAUCACAAAACAGACGAAACUCUGCCGUGAGAUAUCAACCACAGUCUGCACUGUUUACAUCCUGUUCAAGCAGCUUACGUCAAAACUUAGAAAUGCAUCAUGAAAAGCCAGUUUCACAAGACUGUCCAUCUGACACAGAAUCACAGCCAUACUACCACACACCGACUGUUGUUUAUCUGUUUUAGAUAGGAUCAUAGAAGGUCAGAAGAAUCCCUGACUUUGGCGUUGGUAUGACUAACAUUGGCAUUCCUGUGAAAGGAGACAUUUAGCAACAAUUAGAUGUUUGUUGUCUACAAAAACAUGAGCUAUGAGGUGUUGCUGAGCCCAGACUGCCUUCAGAAACAACACUGCUGUUUGACAAACCAGCAGAGACAGAAGAGGGAAAGGGAGAGUGAGAGGUCUUCCGUGAACAUCUGUCAUCUCUUUACCUCUCUCUUUCACUGAGGUAGUCGCACACAUUAAUCUUCCUUUCAUUUGGUCUUGACAUGUAUCCUGGUGGUAUUUUUACCCUUUUACAGCUCCUUUUCUUCGUCUUUUCCCUUUGCAACCAUAACUUUUUAUGUUGGAUGUAGGCUGGAUAUAAAUCAAUGUCAUAGAUGCAGCAGCAGGUUGGAUCUGGUUUCAGUGGAAAACCUGAAUCUGUUUUCUUACUGGGCAACAGUGAUGCCAGUAACGCAUUACUCAGUAACAUGCUGCUCUAAUAAGUCCAUGUUUUUCAGUAACGAAUAAUCUAACGCGUUGCUAUUUUCCAAACCAGUAAGUUACUAGUCCAAGUCACUGUGUGCAUUACUUUUUUCUAGUAACUUGUUCUUUAACUUAGUUACUUUUAAAAUCGAGUUAUCAGUAAAGUAAUGGUGCGUUCGAGUUACCUUGGAAGUCAGAAGUCUGAGCUGAAAAGACGUCACACCUGAGUUAACAGCGUUUCAGUUACCAAGUCGGAAAAAAGCAAAAUUAGAGGCAGACACAAGAUGGCUACAUCUACGAAAGUUAUUUUAGCGCUUGCUUUGUCCAAAUAUAAGGCAAGCGUUAAAAUAACUUUCGUAGAUGUAGCCAUCUUGUUUCAGGCCUCUGAUUUUGCCUUUUUCCAACUUUUUUUCAUAACUGAAACGCUGGGAACUCGGGUGUGACGUCACUUUCAGCUCCGACAUCUGACUUCCGAGGAAACUCGAACGCAGCAUAACUAAGGCUACGUUCACACUGCAGGUUAUGAUGCACAAUUCAGAUUUUUUGUUAAAUCCGAUCUUUAUGUGCGGCCGUUCACAUUACAACAACGAAUGCGGCAUCUAAUGUGAACUGAAUUCGUCCGUGAAGUGACCGGCAUGCGCACAAAGCACAAAUUGCUUUCCGCGCCUGUUUGUGUUGUCGAACAAUGGUGACGUUUGUCGCAUAUUGAUGACAUAUAGGUCGGAUGAAAGCAACCUGCACUGCAGUCACAUCGGAUACAUAUCCGAUUUAUAUCCACAUACAAAAGAGGCCUGGGUUGGAUUUGAAAAAAUCAGAAUUGCACUGUUCACACUUACAUUAAAAAUUGAGAUACAUGUCACAUAUGAUUAAAAAAUCGGAAUUGACCUGCAGUGUGAACAUAGCCUAAGUUACUUUUUAAAGAAGUAAUCCGUCAUCAGUAAUCAAAUUACAUUUUAAAAGUAACCGUGGCAACACUGCUGGGCAAAGUAUGCAGGUAUAGAAGGAGGUACGAGUGACUGACACAGUCAAGGAGGUGUCUGGUGGACAGACGUUGAAGAAGGCGUAGAAACAGUCAUUUGGAUUGAUUUAUUAAGGACAGAAGACAGGAGGUGGAUGAAUAGUCUCCAUCGUUGUCCUGGCAACCAGACAUUAAUACACUCAAUGCAUCACAGGGCAUACUGUGGGCUGGAUACACAUCCUGUCAGAAAAGUAUGAAUGAAAACACUGAUGUAGAAACUGUCUCAACAAAUUAGCACAAUAACAAAGAGCCUUAAGCCCGGCAGAGGAAGUGGACAGCUGUCUUCUCAAAUAGAAGGUGUAGCAUGAACACAGCUUCCCUGAGGUGACAAAUGAAAUAGUAAUGCAGCUCACUCUGGCUCAUUGCCACCUCAUAUAAAGAAGGAGAAGAUUUGUAUGUUGACUUUCUCUCUCACACAUUUGGGAUUAGCAGCUGGUUCAGAUUUGGCCCAAUUAACUCUAUCUUUGUUGUGAGUUGUUAACAAAACACUUAGCUCUAAAACUAUUACGAAUCCCCCCUUCUUCCUCUUCUUCUUUUUCUUCUUGUUACCCUUCUGCCUUCUUCAACUUUGUCAGUCUCCCGUUCUCCUCCUCCACCCACGUUCCUGUCGCUCCAGGCGGUUUGUGACGCCAUGCGGAGGACUGCAUCAAAAUUUUGGACCACUCACUUGAACUUCCGGUGUCUUUACCUAACACCACCAAUCAUCCAUUUGUUUAAGCUUCUAUGGCUCCUCUUCUCAGUUUAUAUUCUCAGCCUUAUCCUGUUGAGACAUUUAUCCCUUGGCAGCCGACCAGCCCUGAUUCUCACUGACUCCAAACACCCCUUAUCUACUGAAACCACAAGUGUGAUCGACAAGCCAAUCUCCUUUUCACACACGAGGAGAGACAGGAACACUGAUUGCUCCCUUAAAAAACUGAUGGAUUCCCUUUCUACAUUCCUGCUCCUUGCAUUAUUCAGCCUGCGUCUUUGGGCCAGAUCUCUGUGGAAUUCCUCGUAACCAAAUGAAAACAUUCCCAUCUGCCAUGUCAGCAGUCCCCGCACUUUCUUGGAUCCAUCAUUCCCACCCCCACAAACUCACACACACAUGCACUCUCUCACAUGCGGAGUGCGUUCUUGCAUUCAGUGGAUAGAUGGCCUAUUUGCAUACAAGUGGAAAAAUCAGAACAGCUGGAGCAAAGUCACCGGUUGAUAAUGGAGCUUGGCACAGGAAGGAUGAUGAACAUGCCUGAUAUACCACUGCUUUGAUUUGUACAUAUAUAGAUAUGUUAGAAAUUUGUCUGGGAACAUGUAUCACUAAAGAGUAGACAGAUGUAGCGGGCUGAACAGGAAGGUUCUGUUUAAGGAGAUUUUGACCAGAUGGAGGGAGAUUAUGGCUUCAACGUGAAGAGAAGAAUAACCAAAAGUUUCAUGGUGACUGACACUGAUGGUUUACUUUAGACAAGAGAGUCAUAAAGCAAAACAGGACAUGGGCAGUUAAAGACUCAUUUUCACACAUUUUUCCCACAGUUUAAAAACUACUGGCUUGAGAGGUGAGUGAAGGUUUGAGUCCACAGACAGCAUUUCUUGCACUGGCCUGACUGAAAAAACAAAAUGAGUGACACUUCUUGGUUGUUUAUCCCAAUUAUUCCUGACCUAGAGUUUUUUAUGAGUCAGACAGCCGUCUCAGUGAACAACACAUUUUCCAGUUGUUACAUAUUUAAAAACUAAUUUAAGGAAAUCUCCCGAAAGAUUUAUUAACUCAGACCAGAUUUUUGUCCUUAUUUUACCCCCUUUUUUUUUGAGUCCUUAUCAAGAACAUACUCUGAAAACUCCCAUGGGGAAUAUGUUAAAUUCUUAAAGUCCCAGUCCGAUGAAAAUCAUGUUUUUCUUGUAGUCUACAUGUCCAUGUGGCAUUUUUCUGAUACUACAGGACAUAUCAUGAGAAAAGAAAGUGCAAAAUUGCAUUCCUGAGUAUGUCUUCAUUUAACUCGCUGUCAAUCUCUGGCAGGCCCAAAUGGCAGGUUCAGAAACAGUGAGAAUUCAUGCGUAACCAAUCCAAACUCCGCCCUCGGGGCCCAGCUAUGCAGGCCACACUCUGCAUAUAGAGGAGAAAUACAGAGGAUGAACAAGCGUGUGCGUUGGCAGAUUACAAUGCUCGUAAGAAAGCUGGUUAUGAUACUAGCUUUCAUCAUGCACCUAAAGACAAUAGUGUCCGAGAGCUAAAUAGCUCCUCUGUUACCUGCCACUUCUACUACACCGGCAAUGUUAGGCUGCAAGCUAACUCGAGGAGAAGCGUGCAGAGCAGCGCUGUCUCCGCCCACGACUCAGAGGCAAAUUACCAAUGAUCUACUGGAGCUCUGCAGAAGAAAAGCCCUUGAAAAUGAAACAGGUUAUGCUUUUUUGCAUUUAAAGACCACUGAUAACACUUUACGUAGUAAAAAAUAAAACAAUCGGAGUGGGACUUUAAAAUAAGAAUAUUGCUCUAAACUCAAAUCAUGCGUGUUCUUUACUCAUGGUUUGACGCUGUACUUUCCAAACUCAUUCCAACACUUGUCCGCGUUUCAGUCUCUAUGCUUUACUCAUGUAUGCACUUUUAAUGGUGAUGACCAGAAUAUGGUACAGGUAUGGUAUUCUCUGUCCUGCAUGCUUUGUAUCAUAGCUGCUAAAGACCACCUCUCAUGUCAGUGUGAACCUGUCUCCUCUUUAUUUCUCUUUCCUCCCAGCAAACUAAUGCUACUCUUCAAUGUAUACACAAUCAUAAUACAAUGUACAAGCUGUUUCACAUGUAUUUUUAGUAAACAGUGUAGUCUUCUAAUAAAACAGUCAGGAUGUUCGCUGAAACGUGCAUGGUUUCCAGGAUUAGAAAUUAAAAUGUUGUAAAGUAGUACUUUGAUUUCUCCUCAGUCACACUUAGGUCCAAGCUUUGUUUCAACUUAAGAAUUACAGACACUGGAUAUUCUCUAAGGCAAGGUCAAUGGAAACUGGCUUUAUGGCUAUAUAGAAUUGAUAGGAUGUAUGAAUUAUAUCCUUGACUAAACUUGUCUUUUCUGUGAGGUCUGUGUCCUGUAAUUCAGAUUGUCUGUGUAGUGUCUCCAUUUCCUUUAUUGCACACGUACCUACUCAAUGAUAGGGGACAAUUUAUGCGUUAUGCGCUACCCAGAUGCUGAAGAGUUUCUAAGAAAAUGGAAAACUUUAUUCCAUCCACACUGUGUCUCUUCCUGAGUGUGUGGCCAUGAUGGGCAUUUGUCCAGUGGAUAAAAGUGUAAAAAGCGAGGGUUGUUUCCUCUCUGGCAGAUGUGACUGUCAUGUCAGCAGGAGGCUUAGUCCUCUGAUAUUCAGCAGAGCUGCCAAAGAAAACAAAAGUGGGGCAGGCUGUUUUGCAAAGUGCACUUCAUUCUUCAGAAACACAGCUGCUUCAAAGCUGAAUCCUUCCUCUCUCACAAAUACAUACAAACAUUCAAACAGAGCCAGAAAUAGAACCUGUAUAUGGUGUAUAUUUAGCUCUGCUACUGUAGGUAAGCACGAGAAGAGGGAUGUGAUUAAAUAUUAAGGUAGUUCAGCUGUUUCUAUACUGAGCCAUGAACUAUUCAGUGUAAACCUCAAACAAACAAACAAGCACAAACCUUGUAGUUGGAGGACUUCCUGUUGAAAGUUUUAUCACAGGAGGAAAAAAAAAGUUAAUUUUAUUCAGGUACCAAGUAUCAUUAAAAGGAUAAUAUCUGAAAACAUAAAUUUAAAUACAAAGUCAUGGUAAUCCAGCCCGAUCUGGACAUCCUGUGUUCAAAUACUCAUGGUUUUGGUUAAAGAGCUCAUGCUUCACUUGGAAAACAUCCCAAAAAUCUGAACAAUGUUGACUGUUUUAGCUCUCAUCCUGUGAAUAUUGUAAAUACCCAAGUGUGCUGGUGUGUGUCACAUCUUGCGCUGUUAAUUUCCAGCAUUUUUCACUAUUGUCAUCUGUUUUCAGUUAAAUAUGUCCAAACUGGCGUAAAGACAAAUCAUAAAGUACUUGGAAUGUAAAUAUCAAGUCAUUUGCAAGACCUGGUUUGUUUGAGUAACUUCAAAAUUAUAUAUAAAUGAAACAGAUGGAUGUCCUAAUUGUGGUAGUCAUUGAGUUGGUUCUGAUUCCUUUACUUUAACAGCCAGGCGAAUGUGUUGAUAUGAUGCAGAUUUUGACUCCCUCAGAGAGUAUGUCAGUUACUGCUAUGCAUGUUUGCAUUUGUUGUAUUGGCAAAUCAUGUGUGUGUGUGUGUGUGUGGCCUGAAACAAAAAGCAAACGUCAUCUGACAUUCUUGUCGACAGAAGUCAUGCCCUGUCUUGCACUUAAUAGGAACACUGUCUCCUUGUGCUUAAUCUGAAGGAAUUUUAAGUGGUUUACCUUUAAACUUGUAAAUUAAGAUCUAGAUUAGGUUCUAUUCAUUAUGUGUCGACAUUCAAGAAACUGGAUGUGAAAAAAAAAGCAGAGAUGAAUCACAUUUUAUUCAUCAAGUGUUUAUCAGGUAACUCAUAACUUCCUAGAAAUCUACGUGUUCAAGUUUCAACAGAAGCUGAGGUGGCACUGAUAAAUAUUCUUGUAUAUUAUAGAUAAUCACAGGUUUCCUUGUGACUACUUUUGUUUUUAACAGAUUAACAGUGGGGAAAGGGCUGAAAUAUCCUAAAGGAUAACAUGCACUUUCAUUCUGACUUGUGCUUUCCUCGCUGGAAUCUGCUGCAGGCUUGUGGGGGAUGUGAUACUGAGCUGGGUUAGUCACUGGCAUCACAGGAUCAUAAUAUUUCCAGCAUUGCAGAGUCAUCAUCGUGAUAAAAGUGUGAUUAUGUUUUGAACAAAGUGCAUAAGAGACAGAAAGCUGGUAAUGACGGUGAAAUCAUAGCAUUUAUUUGUGUAUGAUACUAGAUAAGAUGGUUGACUUAAAUGGAAGGAACCUUUACUUGGCUGUGAAGAGGUUGCUUGACCAAAUAUUCAAAAUACAAAACAUAUAAAGCUUUUGGGUCUGCACCUGCUGCACAUUACUGCCUGUUGUAUGCUAACUAAUAUUGAUCACAACCUGUCUGUGUACGUACUUUCUCAUCAAAAGAUUUGGUAUGAAUUUUAGCUGUGCCUUUGACAUGAGAAGAAUACAGGUAGGUGACUGUGAAGCUCAUUGCUUCAAAGGACAAGACUGUAUUAACAUGGUAGCUAUUUUUCUGCACUGUAUUUCAAGGGAGAAUUUAUCAUUUCACUCAUUACUAAUGAGUAACAACAUAUGUAAGCAUCCAUGUUCUAGCUUACAUCACUGUUGAAAUGAUAAGAACAUUUCAUAUCAUAUCAUAUCUUAAUGUCUUUAUUUUUAUCAUCAGUGGAGUUGCUUGUAACUGGAAAAACAUUUUUCAGAUCCUGUUUGUAUCUGGAAAAAACUGCAUUUUUGCUUCCAGCCUCUGGUAAAGGGUGAGAGUAGCAUUGCCUCUGAGAAUUUGAAUGAGUUGUUUCCUCUCGCCAAUAUCUGUCUGGUCUCAUACAGUCUUCCUUUUCUACACUCCAACACUCCUCUGUCCUCCUUCACAAAUCAGUUGCUGUUCAUGGAUUAGAUUUAAAGAGGACAGAAGCUAAGAGUCCUGGGAACAAAGUGCUUAUUCACCACAGGGGGUCUUCAUCCUACGCUGUGCUUCUCAUACAGGCAACAUGUGUGUGUAUGUGUCUGUGUGUGUUUGUGUGUGUGUCGGCCGCUGCUUGUGUCCCACUGGGGGGUCAAUGAAGGGUUAAAGAGGUUAGAGGUUGGGAUGAGCUUGCAGUCCUAUUUCCAUGAUGUCGCUUUUGCCUUCCUGCUGUUUUCAAUCUGUGGUGGUCUUUUAAAUUUCUGUCAGAUUAUGAACACUACGAGGAUUGACCUUGUCUAAAAAAAAGACGAAGGGUUUUACAGCAGUCUUGGUAAAUGGUUACAUUUUUACAGUUUCUCUGGCCUUCUGAUCACUCAAAGCGGUUUAACAUUACAUGCCACAUUCACCCAUCACACCACAUUCAUACACUGAUGUCAGAGGCUGCUGCGUGAAGCCCUUCUCAGUAUUAAAGGGAUAUUCCGGCGUAAAAUUAGGUUAGAGUUAGACACCCUGUCGAGAGAUGAAUGUUGCCGACCGCUUGCUUCUCUAGACAUACCAACUUUAGUAACAACCGCAGAUAGCAAUACAGAGAGCAACGCACUCAACCAAAAAGCCACUCUAUAGCCACAAAUAAUGCUCAGAACAGCACCUAACUUCAUCAACAGUACAUAUAAAGUCCCAGCACAUAGUACUAGCCACCAAACAUCUUUUUAAUUUUGCCUAAUUUCUUUAGAAAAGAGACUAAACACAACUCACCUACUCUCUUCCAGCAGCCGCUUGUUUGUGGCCAGAGCUUGAGCCAGUCCAUCGACUGCAGUGGGGUUACACAGCUCAAGGAAAAACAUUUAUGAUCAUUACUUUAUCAUUUCCUUGAAGUAAUAAUCACCAUAUUAAUCAUUUUGCACUGCAGACAUUCUUCUGCCUUAGUGUCUCGGUCUGAUUGCAUUUCCAUUCAGAAAUGAUCAUAAAUGUUCUUCCUUGCGCUGCAUAACCCCGCUGUAGUCGUGAUGGACUUGUCCAAACUCACCCUACAAACAGCGGGUGCUGGAAGAGAGACGGUGAGUUGUGUUUAGUCUCUUUGCUAAAGAAAUCAGGCAAAGCUAAAAAGAUGUUUGGUGGCUAGUGCUAUGGCUGGGACCCUAUAUGUACUGUUGAUGAAGUUAGGUGCUGUUCUGAGCAUUAUUUGUGGCUAUAGAGUGGUGUUAUGGUUGAGUGCGUGCCUCUCUGUAUUGCUAUCUGCGGUCAUCACUAAAAUUGGUAUAACUAAAGAAGCAAGUGGUCGGCAACAUUCAUCUCACGACGGGGUAUCUAACUCGGUGUUAGUGUGUUUGACCCUAACUUAAUCUUAUGCUGGAAUAUCCCUUUAACUAAUGCUAUUCACACACCAUGGUUGCAGCCAGCAUGUACAAUCGGACCUGGGUUCGAACCCCCAGUCUUUCGGCUUAGAGACAACCAACCCUACCACUGAGCCACAGCCGCUCCUUGGGAUGUGGGUCUUGCUUUUAUGCUUUUGAUCAGAGAUUUUAACCAGCCAUUUGUCCUACAAGUUUUACGUCCUAAUUUAAGAAGGUGAGGACUUUUGUAUACACUAUGUAGGAAGUGAGUUUGUGAGUGUACACUCAUCAAAGUUUAAGUGGUGCAGGAUCAAACAUGCCUCCAAGCCUUAAAUACCAAAACCUCCAACUCCACCCAGGCCACAGCUCUCCUCCCCUGGUACAACAGCAAGUAGAUGAAGCGCCAUGGCAUCACCUAACCACGGGUCAUAAACUACCGUUUUAAUACCUAUAAUCAUGAAUCAUUUCGAUUAUCAAUUAAAAUUAUGCAUGUUAAAGACUAGACUUUUAAUUUGAUAAGAAAACAUCUAUCGUUAACAGCAUUGCUUUUACACAGGUAUCAGAAGUAUUGAAACUGAAAAUGUGUGGAAGUUUUGCUCCAUUUUGACCAACUGCAGGGAAAACAUAGCAUUAGCAGUUUGUGUGUUUGCAUGUCUGUUGGAUGGGAUUGGGGUUUUAUUAUUGAAUAGUGUACGAUUUAUAUUGCUCACCCAGGUUUAAGACUUCCUGAUGACAAAAAAGCUGAAGUCAAUUGGUGGUGACGUAACUGAAGAUGCAUCCCUUAAAGUCAGCAGUGCAGCUUCCUGUGAAAAACAGUGCCUGAGAUUUCACUGUCUCACUCUCAGUCUUUCCCUCUCAGCAAAAGAAAAGGGGGAAAAAGGAUAUUUUUCCAAGGAGAAAAGAAAUAAAGGACAUAUUUCCUGAGAGAAAGCUGUUCCACCUGGCUUGCAUUGCAGUUACAAUACAUUAGAGGGAAAUAAUUCUGUCUGCUUUGCACUCUGAAUCUUCCUGCACACUUCCUGUUGACCUGUAGCUGGAAUGUACUCCGGAAUGAUAUGGUGACGUUUCCACAUCCAAGACUGCUCUACCAGAAAUAUUUACCAAAGCACUGUGUUUAUAAAAAGUGUAGCAGAGGACAGCUGCAGAUGAGUUAUGACUACAAAGAAACAUCACAUUAACGCUCAUUUUCUGCUUUAGUCAGGCCAGCAGGCAGGUGAUCUGACAGCUGCUGGAGAAGAGAAAAACAAUGUACUCUGAAGAGGUGUGUUUGUGAAAACAUUUAGCCGGUUAUAGAGCUGCUGUGUACUAUAAACAGUCAAAUACACCCAACAGACUCUCAUGCCGGGUUGAAUCUGUAAGUAUGAAUACCCUCUUUAAAAGCAUUAUAAAUUGUGGUUUUUGCUGUUUCAUUUGGUUUAAAAUUUAAUCUUUUCAUCUAUUUCUUUUUCUACAUUUUAUAGACCAGAAAAAAAAAUCUGUCUGAUUCAGAAUCAAAAUCAGCUCUAUUGGCUUAUUAUUUGUCCAUGCAUUAAACUAAUACGUAAAAGGCCAAAUUAGACAACAGCGUAUUACAGUGUCGUUGAUUUGAAAUAUCUAUGUGCGGACUCAAAACUACAAACAUGAAGACAUUUGAAGAAAAGGGAGAGUAAUAACUCAUCCUUUUCUAUCCUGGUGUUUCUGAUUUGUCAAUGUGAAGUUACAGCCAGCAACGUUUUAUAUUUCAGCAUAUUAUAAGGACCAAGAAUAGGUUAGGUAUCAUGAAUGUUGGCCUGAAUUGAUGUUUUGUCUCUACACAAGCCUUAAAGUGUAAUAGUGACACUUUGUGGUUUUUGCAGGAUGUUUCUUCUAAGGCUCAGUUACUUCCUAGAGUUUCCUCUGGGCUCCUGGAUAGUUUUGCCAAACAAAACCACACCACCCUUUUUUCCUCUUAAUGCUAAGAUAAGCUAAGCUAACUGACUCCUUGCUUUAGUUUAGAUUCUGAGAAAUGCAGCUUGAAUUCGAGACCAGGAUCGAGUUAAAAUUACGAAUAAUUUUCUUUAAACUGAAACUAGAGGAUACAAGUACUGGUUUUCCUGUUUAUCAGCAUCAUGUUUGGUCUCUUUGUCUCACCAGCCGUUGGCGCAGUCAAAUGUUUUUUCAGGGGAUGAGUGUGAUGUUUGUUGUGUGUUUGGAGGGGGAAGCAGUGAAGGCGUCUUUGUUAGCCUCACAUAAGAUACUAGUGUUUGGCGUGCCUUGUUGUUGGUGUGAAAAGGCAGUCUGUUUGGGCAAGUGUGUGUUUUUUUGUGAGGCGAUCAUUUACUGGAGGCUCUCUUUUAAUAGAGUUUGCACAUGUGCAUGUGUAAAAGUGGAAUGGAGGAAUUCAUAGUUAAGUGUGCAUGCAACAGGGUAGCGUAAAUGUCCUUAAAUACAGAGACAGGUGAAUCAUUGCAUUAGAACAUUUGAUAUUAUUUUGUUUUGCACUGAUUUUUGUUUGUCUUCAUGUGUUGGUCGACUGAAAUCUCUUCUAAACGGACACACAAACGCCCCAGUCUUCAGCUUGGUGCCAGCAGCCAAUGAAGGCGGGUCGCAGACAGACAGCAGGCAGACAGACACACAGACUGUCAGAUGGGAAGAAAGAGGCGUGCACAAACAAAACAAAGAAAAAGCACGAGAUAGAUAAUUUCUGAGGGAAUGCACAGAAUUUAGAGGAAAUCACAGAGGUGUAUUCAGAAUGUAAUGACAAGGACUCAUACUCUGUUGUGCAGAAAGCCUUUUUCAAAGCCCAGGAUGGAUGUUAAACUUGCAAAUGUUUGUUUGAAGAGACUAAAAUUGUUUGUUAAUUCAGCAGCUGCCUGACUGUGGUUUAGCAUGGAAGAACAAAGACAUAAAGGCUUGGCUGCAGUUACUGUCCCCUCCCUGAAACCACCUGCGCCUGCUCACUGUUAGACAAAGCAGAUUCACUCCUUUAAUCAAGACCUAUGAUCAGUGAUUUUAUCUUUAAUCUACAGUUAGCAAACACAGAAGGCAGGUUUUGUGUUUCCACUGUGGUUUCUCUUCCAAGAGAUUUCAUUUGAAAAAGCAAAAUAAUGCAGAAUUCAUUGUAUCUAAUAAAUGAAGGGAAGGUUUGUCCCCAAGAAUGUCAUUUGAUUUAAGCCAAAACCGGUCUUUCUUUGUGUAUACUGUGUGUAAGCCAUUUUGGAUAUGAUACUGAAUGAUCUGCUCCGAUCAGCACUCAAGGGCACUUUGCCUGAAGCAGCUGGCACUGCAGAUGCACCACAGGCUACACUACGGUCACGAGCUCACCUCUGUAACACACUGGUCUGUUAGUGAAUACGAAUGUGUCAGCAGGUUUUUGUGUUUUUGGCAGAUUUUUCCUCAAAAGUAAAAAAAAAACAAAACAGUUUUCUAAAGCUAAACCGGCAUUUUGUGGCAGAAUUGUGCUGACUAGAUUUAGAGGGAGAUGUGCAGGACAGACACAUCACACAAAGAGGAAAUUGGUCAGUUAAAAAAAGCGUGAGUAAUGCUGAUGCCUGUUGCCAUGGAGAUUGGGGUCAAUGAAUGGUUGCCAUGGAGCUCGCUACUUGGAAUUCUGGGAAGGGGAUAUUUUGAUGUGUGUGUUUGUCUGCGUGCGUGGAGUCUGAAGAUGUGAUGAUGAAAGAGCGGAUACAUUAUUAAUGAGACAGUACAGUUUGGAUCUGUUAGUGUGUGUUUGUGUGUAUUUAGUGAAGGCAGUAUUACACGACUUCUGCCUUGAACCAUCUUCCCAAUCAAAACCGUCGUAAAACAGCUGGAUUAUUACAAAAUAUCCUGAAGCAGCUCAUCACUAUUCUUUUUUUAAUAUCAUAAAACCUUACAUUUACUGAGAAAAGAGAGUGAUUGGCGGUGGUGAUCUUAUUUUGUGAAAGGUUUGAAUGUGACUCACAAUUAGUCUGACUGGAAAUCAUCCAUAGGAGUGUGAUGGACAGAUUUGGCUUUUAAGAAACUUUAAAGUCUGUGCAUGUUUAAGCCUGUUUUGUUGUACUUUAAUACUGUAGAUGAUACAAAUGCCAAAUUUUGUUAGAGUAUGAUUUACUAUAAAGUGCUGUUGAAGGUAUUUUUAUGGGCACUUUUGUCUCUGAUAAACAGGACAUCUAAAUAGAGACAGAAAAAGUGGGAACAAGAAGGAAGACGUGUCAGUUAGUUGUGUCCAGGUGUAAAAAACAGCAGCUACCACUGCAACAAGGCCUAAAACUUCUGAAUAUGGGGCAUGCAUCAAAACCACUCAUUCAACAGGCAUACUGUUCUAUUAUACCUUCAAUAAAAAAACGUAACAAUAAAUGUUCCUUUUUUAGGAUAUCUGUUAAAUCGAGACACCUUACAAGAUUUUUUACACUGAGGCCAAAUCAUGAAAACAUCUAAUGAUUAUCUAUCACUUCUUUAUCAUUCUCUCACGGAGUAUAUCAAAUUAGCAUAUUAUAUUUACCCGUCAAUCACCAUCAUGGCUGUAUGAGCAUCUUUCAUGUGAUGUUGUGACUUAAAAUAUCUUAUAAGCCAAUAUUGGCUGAGUGACAUUUAGGAUAUACUACCUUAAGCUGUAGUUACCACAGUGAAACAUGCAUGUAUUCCUUUAUUCAUUGGGUUUUCUGCAUGCUGCUUUUAAUGUUCUUAUAUAUGUCUUAGAUAUGUUUUUGCUAAAUGACUCAGCUGUCAGCAAACCUGCAGCAGAGGGGUUGAGAUGUUUUUAACGUCUUGAUUCAGCAAAAGACUCGGCACCUGUUAAGACCUCAGUUGGACUACAGUUCAACUCUGAUAAUUCAGCUUUGUCCUUUGUCCUAACACAGAUUUUCAGAUGAAGCUGUGUAUACAGUAGGUUUCUGGGUCAGUGUGUGUGUGAGUGUGUGCAUGCGUGCGUGCGUGUGUGUAUGUGUGUGCGGGGCCUGUCACAUCUUUCCCAUGAUUCAUUUGUUUAUUUCUCUUUGUCUGCCUCUUUGUGUGCACGCUCUGCCUGUCAAACCCACAUCUGGUUCAUUUACUUAAUUUUGAUUAUUUGUUUGUGCCCAUGUGUGGCGCUUGUUCGUGUGUGUGUGUGUGUCUCUCUCUCUGUGUGGCUGCAUGAGACAAUGGAUUUGCUUUUUAUCCACCUGAUAUCAGAGUCAAAUGAGGUCAUCGCCACACACGGCCUGAUGUGUGCUGAGUCAGCUCACAAGAAUUCAACCGAAUCAAGGUGUGGGAGACUGAUGAAAUCAACUUUUUGUAUUGUACUUAUGAGCUUGAAUUUGAUCCCCAACAUCAACUUAUAGAUGAUCAGGAUUUUAGGAUUGUCAAGCAACACUUGAGCACAUAUUUUCACAAGUUGCUGUUGCUCCAGUCUUGAUGUUAACAGGUUAAGUUUCAUGUUUGUUUUACUGCAGGCUCGUUAUGUCUGACAGACAUGAUGUGUCGUAUCAUUUUCAGUGAAGAUCUUUGCUAAUGUCUUCCUACAUGUGAGUAUUUCAGCCAUUGGGUCCAGGCUUAUCUGUUAUCAGAGGACUUGUUGUCCCCUCGGCUGCUGUCCCUCUGGUCCUUAUAGCGUGACACUGAUGUGGAUUUGAUGUCGUGUGACACAUCGAGUCUGGAAGAUGAGGGAGGGUCGGGAUACAUCAGUGGGUUGGAUAUGCAGUGUGUGUGUAUGCAAAUGGUCGACACGCAAGCUUUCCCGCAAGAGCAUAAAUGCAUGGGAGACAGGAAUAGACUCUUUACAUCAGAAGCUGAUGGCAGUGCACGUGGAGUUUGUGCACGUGAGGUUCCCCUCCCCCUCUUUAGUUGUGAUGUCAGAGCGAGUACAGUAUGCCACCACUGGCAAUAAGUAGGAGCCCAUCCCCCCUCUGGACUGGGAUACAUCAUCAUCUUCAUUAUCGUCAUCUUUGGAGCAGUUUAGGAUGUUUCUGCGGCGCUUCUACACACACUCUCAUAUCAUCUUUCUCUUUGCUUCAUUUCUAUCUGCAUCCUUUGUAUCUUGCAGCAUCACCCAUAAUCUAAUAAUCCCAUAACCCUGUGAUGCACUCUGCAGGGAAAACACAUUAAAAGCUGAGAUGCUGCACACAGAAGAGAGUGAUGAGACAAAUAAGGACACACACUGACACUCUUACACACACACACUGACACUCAGUCACACAAAGUUGCCUCUUGGGUGCCUCUUUUUAUUUAACCUUGCCAGAGUUUGCUUCAUCGUGUAUUGAUUUUCAAAGCCCUAAACACACAAACUAGGAUGUUGAAAACAUACUAAGUGAAAAACAUUUGGCACAGCAGCAAAUUAUAUUCCUUUUUUUGUGAAUUCAGCACUAAAUACGGACUCUUAGAUCAUUUGGGUGUUGUCUACAUUUGCCCUAAAUGUAGCCCAAGAUUUCUCGUCAGUUACCGUUAAACAGCUUUACGUAGACAAGACACAACUCGCUCAUAAUAGGCUUAUCCUCUUGAUUGAACAGCUGUUUGGCAUUGAAUGUGUGAGGUUCACAGUGACUCAAUGGAAAAAAUCAUGCUGCUGGGAGGGCGGCGAGAGUUAUAUUUCAAAUGGACAUGCAGCAAAAGAGCAGGAACUGUAAACCUGUUUCAUGGACUACAUUUGCAUUUUGAAACAACAAUACUUAUGUGCAUGAAGUUACUCUGACUACUCAAUGAAAGGUCUUCACCUCAAUCUCUGAGAUAAUGUAAAUCAUCUUUCUCCAGGCAGACCACACACAUACACAGAGAGAGACACAAACAGCGCUACAUGCUGUGUCAGUGUCAUGUUGUGGGUAAAAGAAGCACAGCCUGUAUAAACAGUGGAAGUUCUGGGUGAGAAGAAGGAAAAGACAAGUGCAAGACAGACUUAGCUGAACAUCUCCCAGCUUUGUAAAAAAGCUCAGGAGCAGAAAGGAAUUCUGGGAAUGUUUUCCCUCUGGAGCAGGUGCUAAAGCUGCAGCCUGAUAUCUCGGCCUCUCUUCUUUGUGUGCAUCUGCCGUCAAGCAGAAACAACAACAGAGUCAAGACCCUUUAAGAACAAAGUAUGCUCUUCGGUGGUCAAGAUUGGCUGAGGAUAAGGGUGGAGUGAGGACUGUAUGAUGACAUCGCCAUCGCCUCCUGGGGUGUCAGAUGGUUGUGACCAUCAUUUUCCAGCAUGUGCAGGGUGUAACUCAAAUCUUUGGCGCCAUUAUCUGCAAUAAACUCCCGCUCAUCUAGCUCACCCGAGUCUAAAAAGUCCAUAUUAGUGGACUGAGAUGAGAUAAUGUGUGUUUUCGUGCUUUUUUUGGUGUGUUUGAAUGCGUUUCAGGGGUUUAAGUAAUGUACUUUGACACUUCAAGACCUUAAGUGCAGCCUCUGUGGCCCAUAUACAAGGAGUUGCCAUAACAACUGACCCUUUUUAAUGUGUAGCUACACGUCUGCAUGUGUGUGUGUGUGUGCGCUGACACGCUAAUGGAAGGAGACCCCAAGGGGAGGGAUGGUGAAGGCGCCUGCCCAUCCAAACCACCUGACACACACUCACACACACCCUGCUGAGGGCCGUCCAGCCCCAUUAUCUUCACAUUAAGUGCACAGUCCUGAUACUAUGAAGUUACACCUUAAUGUGGAGCACUUUCAAUGCAUUUAAGUCAGCGUUAUUUGCGAGAUUGAGAGAUGCAGGAUAAAGCACACCUUCAGCGGCUCAUUUUGUGGAUACUCAGGCAGCAGUGUGUGUCUUUGCAUGAUGUCAUUCAUUGAUUUUGUAGCUCAGCCAUGCCCACUAAUCUUCCAGAGCGAUGCACUGGUCGAUCCAGUCAUCAGGAUUAAUGAUCACGUCUGUAAUGUCUGGAGACUGAUUGUGGUUUAAUUUUAAGAGAGGCAACAUGCAGAUACAGUAAACGCUUAGAUGUACAUUACAAGACAUUUUCCAAUACUUUUUACUGUCGGUCUGUUCAUGCUUUCAUUCUCGCAAGCUUUUGUUUCCCGUGCAUUUUGCUUUUGCUUUGUCACAGACAUAGUGAACAAGAGCUACAAAUCAAGUGCUUUUGUGAUUACUGUGUCACUGUGGUUCACCACUAACCCGAGGAUCCUGUUCGAACAAGAGUUGAGUCUUGGUCUGUCUUAGAUUUAUCAGCUUUUAGGAUUAACCACUGGUUCAGUCACUACAAAAUGGAAGUUUGAAUACAGAGCCUGAUCAGAUCUGAUUGACUGUGUCUUUGUGUUCUGUCUGCAGGGCUGGCAUCGAUGAUGUGGAGACAGACGUUGUGGAGAUUGAGGCAAAGCUUGACAAGGUAUGAAUCAUACUGACAUGGUUUUUCUUUGGGCCAUGUUGCUCAUUCAUGUACCACACUUACGCUGCUUUCAUAUGAUGUAUUUAGCUUUUCUUUCAUCAUGUUUCCCCUGAAAGUAGUCACUAAAUUUAUUGUAAAUAGACAAACUGUUUACAUAGCACUGUUCGGAGCCUCAAAGAUAAAAAAGUCAGUAUUUCAUUCAGACUGUCUAACUUUAAAACCACAGGAGAAGAAAAAAAUUCAGAUGUUGACAAUAUCCCAAAAAUACUCUUUAUUUCAUUGCGGCACUGAUCAGAGAGCCCAGAAUAACUCCCUCUAUCUGUCUGCCUCGUUCUCAUUUCUAAAUGUCAGGGCUAUUUAAACCAGGAAACACUGCAGACACAGGCUAUUAUAUUUAAUAGGUCCGUGCUCUGCUAGACAACACACAUUCACACUGAAAGAAACACACACACACACACACACACACGCAAUGGUGGGCAGAGGAAGCACACCAACCAAACACUGAUUUAUUCCACUUAGGCAGUUACUGUGUAUGCGCUGAGCUAUGAAGUGUUUCACAGAGAUGUGUUGUGCAGUUGAUGUCUUUGUUUGACCUGCUAAAGCAGAGGUAAUGCGUCAUGCAUGUAGCAGGUUAUCAUCAUUCAGUGACACAAUCAUGAGGUUACAGCUACUCUGAAGCAGACUGUACCUUUAUUUUACGUAAAACAAGGAUGUUAUUUAAAAAAAUAUUGUGGUCAUGUUAAAAUAAUGAUAAUAUUAAUAAUAAUAAUUUGUUGAAAUUAUGUCCUUUUAUUUCUUUGACGCUUUUGUGUUUUAUUUUAUUUAUUUUAUUUCAUUUUAAAUGUUUUUUUUCUUACCUGCUUUUAUUUAUUUCCUCGCAGUGUUUGUUCUUUUAAAUUUUACUGUGCAGCACUUUGGCAAACUUAAAUGUCUUUUAAAAUGUGCGAUAUAGAUAAAGCGGAUUGGAUUGGAUAAUAAUUAUCAUUAUAAUGUAUUAAUGUUGAUAUUUGAACUUUUAAUUGAAAUAGCAGAAGCAGGCCUACGAUUUUCUAUGAGAAGAACAUUUGAUUGCAUAAGUGUUAAAGAAUUCGUUAGGGGUGUGACAACAUCAUUAAAUCAUGGCAGUUUUACUAAAUGAGACUAUAAGUUGUCUCAAACUACUACCAUUAUGACACCAAUUUGGCGGCUCAUCAAAGUCACUUUCCUAAAAGGGCGCUGCUAAAACUACCAAAGAAAAAAAACAUUUUGAAGUUGCACUGAGUCAGCGUUUAUGUCCAUACUUACAUUUGCUCUGUCCAUCUGCAGCAGUCAGGGUAUAAUACAGAACAAAUUAUUAUGAAUUCGAUUAACAUUUAGAGCCCUUAAACCUUUUGUACAGCAUGUAAGUAUUUCAGACACGCACAAGUAUUGUAGGUGAAUACAUGUUGAUGAAAACCGAUGAAACAAAUAUUAUUCAGUGAAGCAGAGAGAGACACAGAGGCAAGAGUUCAUAAAAACAGGCUUCAUGUUAUCAGCUUGACAUAUCAAUUACUGUUUUCCAGACCUGGAAAUGGUUUGAAAAUAGAUGCUUGCGACCCCUUAAGGCAUAUGGAAAUCUCACUUGAUAUGUUUCUAACUACAAUAGAAAAUGAAUGGACCUUUUAUGUGUAAAUCUGAUUAUUUGAUGACUCUGUAAGACUAGAGUAUUGUUUGGGUGAGUAAGUUUACGUCAACAGACUGACAACAACACUUUCGUUGUGCUUGCAUAUGUUAGUGUCUUUGAUGGCAUCAUUAGGUUAUUAAUACCCAAUCAGAAAGAAGGACUGAAGGUAGCCUAUUUUAAUUCAAGAUUAUUAUUAGGAAGAAAAAAACCCAGUGGAGUCUUCAUUGUUUGGCAUUUUAUGCUUUAUUUGUUUUUUCCGUCGCAAAUUUCAUCACUAAAGUUUGAGCCAAGUGACUUUUCACACCCUGGGACUCAUUAUCGAAAAUGAUAUCAAGAAAGUACAUGAAAAUUGAUAUAGUGGAUUUGGUUAAUUACUUUGUAUGCGGUCUGUAACACCAGCCAAGGCAGCAGGUUAUCUGCCUCUGGAGAAUCUAUGAGGUGAGGUAAUGCCUUUCUAGAUAAACUGAUUGACUUGUAAGUCAGACAGCUUUUAUGGGAUGAGACAGUGCUAAAUUUAAUUUAGAGUCAUGACUGUGUCUCUUUCUUCCUCUGCCUGCCCCUUAAUUCAGUUUAGGUUAUGCGUCAAUGUCUUUUUAAACUGAUGAAGCUGUGAUUUGGUUUGAUCAUUGUUCGAUUAUUUUCAGUGUUUCAGUCUGUCUCGGGUUAAUUAGUUAGUCCACUCUGUUACAUCUCAGUCUCUUCAAUUAGCAAACUAAGAGGCGUCACUUUGACUUUUAGGGUUAGGGUUAGGGUUUUACUUAUGUCCAUGCCCAAACCAUAAAAAACAUGCACACAUGCUCACACAUCCACAAACUGUUCCAGCCCCCAACAGGUCAGGACCCUGCCCUGAACUUUGAACCCCAUUUGAGCAGCACUGACAGAUGACUGGGGUCGAGGACGGAGAGGUUUCCAUCAGGAUGAUUUGUUCUGUUCAGCAGGGGUCCUCACAUUGCCCUGUUAGGACCCUCUGAAGCUGCCCGAGGGCAUUUAACAAUAAUGAGAGGUCUUAGCGGAGAACAUUUGUGAUAUGAAACUUCCCUACAGUGAUGUUGGGAUUUAGUAUUAUCACUGUACAGAAUAAUCCAAAAAAUCACCACUGUCAUGAUAUGGCAUUGCCCUGUGUUUAUUUUGAUGUAUUAGUCUGGUUUGUCAUGUGGUACCAGAUGUGGCAUUUUGACUCUGAGUGGACCCCCAUGGUUCUUCCAGCCCAUUUAUCAACAAACCCUGACACAUAUACUGUGCCUCUAAUAGCCGUGGUCAGACCCUGGGGGCUGUGUACAGCACUCGAUGAGAUCAGAUUUCCCAUAUCAGCCAAUUUGUUGACAGAUAUGUUGUCAGACUGGCCUGGGAGCAGCGGCAGGGCAGGAAUCAUGCUGCCGUGUGUUAUGUGUACAUUGGUAGCAGUGUCAGUUGUGUACAUGUCAGAUCAGAUAAAUUCACAUCUUAAGUUUACAUCUUACACAAUCACCAGCCUGAAGUUUCUCAUCUUCAUCCUGUGCAGAGUCAAAGACAUACUGUCAGCCACUGAAAUAAAAACACCCUUUUGCAGCGACAACCUUGGGAACUCUUGCACCAAAUUCGAUAAUUAAAGGUUUACUGCUGCUCAGCCUCUCACCAACACACACAUGUGAAACACACUGCUGCCUCAUUGAAGUGAUAAUGACAGUGUACCGCUCUGUAGCUUCUCAUAUAACCCGUGAAGUUGGAAAGUGUGGUGGUUUUCAGUAGGGAGCACAUGGUAUAGCUGUGAACUUUCUGGACCUGGUAAUGUGUUUUCAGUUAGACUCAGAAACUACAACCUGUUUGCUCUGUACUUUUUACAGUAUGAGCCCAGGAUUACUGUCUACCUUAAUUCUAAGAUGUUCACAUUAUUCACUAUAAUCCUUUGGACGCCAUUUUCCUUUUUGGUCUGUUGAAUUUCAGGCAGUCCAACCAUUUUUAUUAUUGAACCACAUUUGGAUUAAUGGACACUAAAAAAUAGAAACCUUUGGAGAAAGACAAUGUGAUAGUUCAUUAUCUAACAUUUGUCCCAAGCUAACCUUAGCAACUAACCCUCAACCAGCUUGUUUUGGGUCAGCUAAGAACCUACCAUAAUGUUCGACAGUAAGUGAACAAAUGUUAGCUUAGGUUGCUAAUGGGCUAUGAAAUGUUUUAUUAAGACUUCCAUAAUGAGCCACUAUCCCCCCAUAUUUUCCCGUCGUAUCUUUUCAGUUACUCAUCAGGGAAAGAUCAUGAAAUUGUGACUAAUUUCACCAUAUUUACCAUAAUGUGAAAAUUGAUUCCACACAAAUAUUAAUAUUAUUGCUGAGCUCUGUUUCCUAAAGCAUCACAGCCGUUUAUUUGGACUUUAAAUAGCAGUCUAAUCUUGGUCAGUCUGCUGGUUAGAGCAUAACUGGACUCUUGAUAGAUCCCUGAAAGGCUUCUAACUUAACUAACGAUGGCAUCAUUUUUACUUUCACGAUACAAUACUAUCCCAUCAACAACUACAAGGUAUUACAUAUAUCUUAAAAUGAAAGACUUUGAAAAAAUGCCAUUUGUCAAGCUCUGAGCAGCUUGUGAAAUUUGUAACCUCAGCCUUUGUUUCUUUGUAGAGCACUUCCAAUUGUGUUUGGCUAAAGUUUGAUCAUGAUGGGAAUUCUUUACUUUGGCUCCAGCAUGUUGGCUCCUAACAUCUCCUUGAACCUUGUCAGAGUGAUGAUUUGUCAAGUGACCUUUCAUAUCACUUGUAUGUCUUGGUCCACAUAUUGUUUUUGUUUGUCUGUCACUUUUUCUCACUUCUCAUUUCUUGACUUUGGGGAACUUAAAUGCUUCCACAGGUCAUAUUUGAAAGUUGCUAGAGAAACCACAAUUUCUAAAUUGUCUCUCUGUCUUUGGCCACUAAUAUUUCCACCAUAUUUCAGUCUGCUGAGGUUUACUUUAUGUUGGCAUUGCCCCCAGAGGACUAACCUCUAUGACCCUGGUGAAUCUGGUCUUUACUCCAGUGCCACAGUGGGGGUUUGUGAUGACAUUUCUUAACAACUGCAGCUUUUAGAAGCGAAAUUUCAUUCAAUAAUGCCUUAACAAGAACAUAAAAAGUACAAAACAAGUCUACAUGUACCCUCUAAGAAGGGCAAACAAAGGACAUACAUUUCAGAAUUUUCCUGCAGAGCUUUUGAUGUAGUAAUGCCGAGUGUGUGCUCCGUAUUAACAAAUAAUCUAAAUCAUUCUAGCUGUCUUAAAAGGCUUUGUCAGAAAAUACAUCAGAAUGAAAAAAAAGGCAGAAUCCACCUUUAGACUCAAAGUUCAAAACCAAGGAUAUAACUCAUUUUUCCAUAUCAUAUAUUUUAUACCAUCUAUAUGUGCCUCCUAUAGCUAUUCAAAGUGCAGAACUAUAUGUCCUGCUUUAAGUUGAGUAAACGACUGAGCAUUCAGGGAAUAAAGGAUAAAAGAAUUGGGACACAGCUCAAGUAGGAGUUAAAGGUCUGCUGUCAAGUUGAUGAAAGAUAAAAAGGUUACAAGGCCAUGUGUCCUUUUCAUCCUAUAAAUUCUGCUUUUUUUAUCUGAAUGCUUUAUAAACACUCCUCCUUUGUAGACUACACAAUCUUGCUUUAAUAAAAAUCCGUCCUGUCCUAGAAACAGAAACAGACCAGAGGAUUAUUCUAAAUUUGCUGCAUUCUGCAUGCAACCAAUGAUUCUUUUAAGCUUUGUUUGAUUUGCGUCAUAACCAGUGUUGGCACAAUUACUUAAAAAAAAUAAUUUCAAAAGUAACAUAUUUAAUUAUCUGAUUACUUGAUUUUAAAAGUAAUUUAGAUAACAAAUUACUUUUUAAGUUACAUUCAGCAGCCUCAACAUGUAAAUGACAACCAUUUUCUUUCCAACACUCACUUUAUUGGAAGUGUAAUUAAAUGGGAAUGUCAAAAAAAUGUUGUUGUUUUUUAAAAGAUAGCCUUUCUUGGCUGACAAAACGUGAACAAUUUUUAAUGAAAUAUAAAAUAAAGACAGUUUUUAUUGACUUACAAAAUAUACUUUUUUAAUUGUUAUCUUUAGCUGACACAAAGUCAAAAUAGUGGCUGUAUUUCCAGCUUGAGAACACGCAUCUCUCUCCUUCCUCUGUUGUUGUUUAUGUUUGUUUUGCCACUGCUGCUUUAUGUGUUUGCACAUGUAUUACACGUGAGUGGUCCUUGUGAUAAAAAAGUGACUUGUCGUCUACGUGACUGAUGUCCCUCCUAUCAGACAAAAACAAAUCUAUCUUUUUUUUUUUAAGGAAAAUGAGAAAAAAGUAACACACACAGUGACUUGGACAUGUAACUUAAAUCAGAUUACUGGUUUAGAAAUAGCAAUGCGUUCGAUUACCUGUUACUGAAAAAAGUGGAUUUAUUAGAGUAGUAUUACUGGCAUCAGUGGUCAUAACUGGAAGUAUAAAUAUCCUUGUAGGGCAUGGUGUAAAGCAUGUGACUCUUCAAAUGGAUACUGUUUUGUUUGUCCUUUUAAAGUGAGUAUUGUUUUGUACCCUCCUUUCUCAUUAGUUGGUGAAGCUAUGCAGCGGGAUGAUCGAGGCUGGCAGAGCCUACGUCAGUGCCAACAAGCUCUUUGUUAACGGCAUCAAGGACCUGUCAACGCAGUGCAAGAAAGAGGAGAUGAUAUCGGUGAGCAUAAGUCAUCCAAAACUGACCUUAAAUCUGAACACACACCAAGGAAUGUCUGAGGGUCUAAACAAAUGACCACUCGUGUCUGUCUUUGCUGGGACAUUCCUGUGUUUCCCCACAGGAAUAAUAACAACAGAGCAGGAUAAACAGUAUUGUCCAGACACAGAGUCGUCCAGCUGUUUUAAACAUGACAGAUGAGGCCACAUGCAGACUCGAGAUGUUUAUACUAAAAGUUUACAUGACUGGAAGCAGAGAUAUCUGAAACCUGCUUUAUGGUUUUCUCAAGGGAAAACAUUUAGACUAGAUUUGUCUGUUGUAGGGGUCACUCAGUGGCUUUGGGAUGACCAUCAUUGAGUGUAAAGCUUGUUUUAUUUUAAAGGAUAUAACUAGAUCAUCUUAUUUGUACAGAACAGACUACAUACAAAUUUUUUGAAGAAGUUUCAAAUCGAAACCAGUUUUAUUUAAAAGUGUGUGUCUUUGUGUGUGUGUCAUUCACGUUGCAGGAAUGCCUUGAAAAGUGCGGAGAAAGCCUGCAGGAGAUCGUCAACUACCACAUGGUAAGACACUUUUACACACACUCACUGAUUUUUUAGCCACAGGCGAGAGGUCGAGAUGGUGCUGCUGCUCCGACACGCCCCGACUCUUCCUGGCAUGUUAAAGUCUUUCAGACAUUCAGUCCCUCCUGGGUCCAGUAUUGCACAACACGAUACACACAUACACACUAUUUAAGUGGACCUCACUCCGUGACAGUGAAUCUGUCCACACAGGCGGCUCCACAUGUGUGUGUCUGAUUCAAACCACAUGCUGCACCAGAUGUGAACGACAGAUAUAAAUCACACAUGUAUAGGACACACUUUCUCACAAAUGCAGAUUUUAGUUGUAUGACUCUCCUCAGUACUAUGUGUGGUUAAGAAAUUUCCACUUGUGGUUUAUGAAUGAAAGCAAAAGCACUUUUAAAGGAAUAUAAUGACGUUUACAAUUCUGGGAAGCCCCACGUUAAAAAGUUACAUCCACCGUGUGUGUAGUGAGAAAAGAAUCAUGAAGACACAGGUGUUGGCCUGUUAAUGAUUUGUGUGUUUGUGUAAUCUAAUCUCUGUUCACAGAUCCUGCAAAAAAUAUAGAAACUCGUGGAUCUGGAUUUUCAGAAUAGAAAGUGUUCUGGUUUCUGUUUUUGGCAUAUUUGUAGUCUGAGAAUCAUUGACCAUUCACAUAUCAACAGGCUUUGGUGUAUGGAGGAAAAACUGCAUGUAGAGCAAAAGCAUGUCUAGCACACACUAGUGAGUCUCUUUAUCUCUAUAGAAAGAUAUUCAAAUGCAAGUUCAACUAAAGAUUUCUUAUAGAUCAAAGAAUUGAGAUCUUUAGAGUCCGAUGAUCUGAUUUUACAUUCCAGAUCUGUCUGACACUGUACCACAAAAGCCAAUCAGCAAUUACGCUUCCAGCUGACUGGCAUUUCAUUGAUGGCGUUGUUUACUGUGCAGAUGGAAAGGUGGCACACAAAAGGAGGUCUUGGCUGAGGGUCACUGAAUACUACAUAGGCUUUACCAGAGUUAAUGAAAAAAAACAACUUAUUUAUUGCUGAUGGGUUCAGAGAUUGGAGGUUAAAAAAAAGAGGUUAUAUCAGGGUUUAUAAAAGUGAACCAAGGAACUGCAGAGUUGCACCAGUCUGCAAAUUAUGUCUUUACUAUCAGGUGGAUGUUUGUUAUUUGAGCUUUAAAGAGCUUUAAAAAAAACAGAUGGAUUUUGGAUUUGGAUAGCAUUAGAAUUUAUUACACCCCUGGGUUUGGUACUUUAGGGUGCUUUCAACGUUUUGUUAAAUAGUCCUCCAUUUCUUGAUAGCAGGCGAUUGUUAUGAAGAAUAGACAGUCGGACACACCUCUUAUCUCAGACCCUGAGUGAUCGUACUGAUGCAGAGAAAGGAGUCCUUUCAGUUUGGACAAUAAAGAAAGACAAGAGAGAUUAAAGACAAGACAGGACGCUUUUGCAGAGACAUCUACUCAAUUAAAGAUGGUGGAUAAAGUAAACAAGUACCAGAAGAUGGUUUUAGAUAAAGUAGGGUUUAAAUUCAGGAUAACAUACAGGUAUCAGGUGGUUAUGCAAAUUAUAAUCCUAAUUUAAAUACCUUUUUUCUACCAUUUGUCGGGCAGUUUUGCUUUGAGUGUUCAGGAGAUUAUUCUCAUCUCUCUCUUAUUACCUAAAAACAUUCAAAGGAAUAUGUAUUACUUUCCCAUACACAGGGCUCAUAAACUUGACUCCCGUCACCUUAAAAUACCGCUCAAGGUUCCUAAAAGUGGAGCAGUUUGUCACAAACACAACACUGAAUGCAACCAUAACAGAAGUUGAUCCUGUGCUAGUCCACAUUAAUCCCUCCCAUUCUUUUCCUCAUAUUUUGCAUUUGUGCGUAGUACUUCUCUGACCUGCUCUAUCAGGGUCAAGCCUGUUCAACUUUAAAUCCCUUUUUAAAUUAAAUCAAAGUGCAGCACACAAGACCAGAUCCAUCAACUGCACCAAUCCAGUGAUAUCAUCUCCUCUAUCUUCGCCUCUGAAGGUCGUCUUUGCUUUCUUUCUAUCAUACGUGACCCAUUUGUGGAUUAUCUGCAGGUGUCGUUUCUGCCUCAUGUGUUUAGAGCGUUCAGUGCAGCUGAAGGGCUACUGCAUUGUUCUGUGAUGUAUUUUUUACAAUUACAACUUGUUUUUCUCUGCCAGCUACAACCACUCUAUCCAUCCUCCUCCUCUUCCCUGACAUACCCUUCACCACAGGCGUCCCACUCCUCUGCUCUAACACUCCAGGAAUUACACUAAUAGCUUGUCUGGCAGAUAGUAUGAAUGAAAUGAUGGAGGCAGGGGAGGGUAAGACAUAGUGGAAGAGUACCUAUCUCUGUCUGACCACCCACUACAGGCCUUGUUCUGCACCCACUCUGCUAUCUUUGCAAACAAAAGAGGGCGUUGAAACAGGAAAAAACAAUCUCCCAGUAAAUCCCAUGAUAAGCAAAUGUGCGUACUCUCAAACAAGCAUAAAUCUAAGCCUUAAUCUCGACGGAGUGAGCGUGAUAUUAUUGUGGAUUUGGACUGAUUUUGUAGAUUGUUGUGUCCUACAUCAACUUUUAAUGCUGUGGAGGACUUCUUUCUUUACGGUCAUCAGCAUGCUGUCCUGUAUCUAUUUUUCUGAAUAGAUACAGGACAGGUGACUGAUGAAGCUCUCAUAGCAGAUGACAUUUAGGAUCUUAAAUACGCUGAAACGGACUGGGAAAGUGGGUGUACACGCUGCAGGUUAGGUCGGGUCAAACUCAGGUCAUGGUAAUCCAGAGCAGGUUUGGGUGGAACAUUUUGAUUAGUUUGCAUGCCGGCUUUAAGUCUCUCUGAUGGGACUGAUUUAGUAUUUUUUUCCCUCUGGGAUUUAAUACUUCCCUGCUUGACUGGCUUUCUAUCCUGAAAAGUACCAAACAUUUGUUUUGUAAAGCACACAAGGUAUACAGGCUUGAGGUCACAACUGGCCAAUGUGCACAUGCAGUAUAUCCCAUAACUAGUCAUGGUCUCUCAGCUUUUAAGGCUGUGAUCACUGCAUGUCUAUUUUUAAAUUACUCAGACUGAAAAUAAACAGACUCAGUUCAAAUUUAUUUAUUUAUUUUAUUUAUAGUCCUGCAUGAAAUAGUCAUUUUUGACUUAUGAUUUAGUUCAGAUUAAAAGUUGGAUGUGUACCAUUCAUACACCAUUUUGCCUUUCUCAUUGCGGUAAGUGUGCCACUCAAAACAAGCCAUAAAAUUUCACCAAUUAGAGGGUUUUUUUUGCCAGAGAAUGAAAAAAGGAGUCAAAAGUAGUUUUUUUUUUUUAAUUAACAGACAGACCCUAUAUUGCUCCUGAUCACAUAAUCAUUGGUGUGGGACUAUGUAUGAAUAAAAUUAGCUAAUUCUGAUGGACACCCAUCACAGCAUCAUCUGCCAUGCAUGUAUUGAUGUGGUGUGAAUCUGAAAAGUAAUGUGAAAGCACCCUGAGAGGCCAGAGAGACCAGGAAAGUGUUAUAUAAGUAGAGAGUAAUAAGUAAUGAGAGAGAGAGAGAGAGAGAGAGAGAGAGAACAUGUGCGAUAAUCAAAAAUUGAUCCCAUGACCAGUGAAACAAGAUCUAUAGCCUCUGAACAUGGAUCCCCUCCUUUAUCCAUGAAGUAUCAAACACUGGUUUACUUCCCUAGAGCCUGGACUGCAGGUUCUCUGAGGCUGUCAAAAUUUAAACUGACAUAAAUUAUUGCAACACACUUGUAAGUGUAACACUUGUAGUCCUUUUUGGUAAGAAGAUGAGAAUUGAUGAUUUUUCUAAUCACUUUUUUUUUCUGUGAGGGCCUUGGUUGGGAACCACUGAUCUAAAACAAUGAAUCUCAUGAGUCUGUGGAAUCAGCAGGCUUGUAGGAAGGUCAUAUGGACGGAGGCACACACACACACACACACACACACACACACACACACACACACACACACACACACACACACACACACACACGCACACAAAGCUUGUAAUCCUCAAUGUAAACACUUAUUAGCCACAGAUUUCUAUACUAAGUUUAAUCCAAAGGCUGCAGUUGUGUACACUGUGCAUUGUUUAUGUUCAAACAACCAAAGCCUAAUCUCUCAGUGGGUUUCUGUGGUUGUGUGUGUUUAAUGUGAGUUUUGCACAUGGCGCAUCCCCUUUGUUCUUGUUGUUGUCAAAUCACACAGAAGAAUCAAUAAAUUAUAAAUUUAAAAUUUCCUGUUUCCAGCAGGAGUAAGGUCUGCCCAGUUGUCUUGUGUUCAUUCAUCCAGUGUGCUCAAAAUGCAAGUGGAGAAGGAUUUAAGGUGAAAGAAGGGAGUAUGAGAUAAGAGAAAAGAGGAGAGUAGGAGGAAAAGAAGUGGGUGAACAGAGAGAGAAAUCUAGGACUGUGUGUGACUUAAAACGUGUCGCUGCAGCACACGUAUGUUAAUGUAUGUAUUCAUGUGUCCCUAUCUCUGUCUCCUCUUACAUCCUCUGCCUGUUGAAUUGUGCUACAACUAUAACAUAAAAGGGUUCUCAUUGCCACCUUGUGGUGUGAUGAAGCAACUACAGAUUCAACAUGCUCCUUCCAGUGCUGUAGUAAGCAGAGAGGUGUUCAUAUAACAAAUCUGUCUUCUUUGUCUGUCUACAGAUUCUGUUUGACCAGGCUCAGAGGUCCAUCAAGCAGCAGCUUCACAUUUUCAUUAAAGAGUGAGUAUCUCAGGACAAUAACGAAAUAUCUGCCUCAUUCUCUAAAAAAUAGAGGCAGCAUGUUCAGGUUUGCACGUGGUUAAAAAAGCAAAACACACCACUGAAAAUGGACAUCUUAAAGAGGUGGUUUAAGCAGUGCGUCAAAUCACCACAAGAGGCUGUAGAAAUAGAUGUCUGAAUGUAGAUGUUUACAUCAUUUGUUGUAUGCAACUUCCAUUUGAUUAUUAAAUCAGUCCCUAAAUUGUACAAGCAACUUAACAUUGUAAUAACAGCUUGCACAAAAAACCUCAGUACCAACACAAAUCACGGCACAGAGCGACAUAAACAAAUGAACCCUUUUGUCUUUGUUUCAGGGAUGUGCGUAAAUUCAAGGACACUAAGAAGCAGUUUGAUCGGGUGCGUGAGGACAUGGAGCUGGCUCAGGUGAAGAAUGCUCAGGCACCCAGAAACAAGGUGCAUGAAGCUGAGGAGGCCACACAGGCACUCAUUCUCAGCCGCAAGGCCUUCCGGCAUCUGGCUCUGGAUUAUGUACUACAGGUGAAGCUCAUGUUUCUCAGUUAUAGUACCAGUGUUGUCCAGUAGAUGGUGCUUACACUCAACAGUUGCUUAGAGUGCAAACCUCUUCAAGAAUUGAUUUCAUCUGACUUUAGGGAUGGAGAAAGUCAUAUUUGCAGCCUAAUAUCUAUAUUUUUCCUUUCUUUUUUAUCCUGGAAGAUUAAUGUGCUUCAAGCAAAGAAGAAGUUUGAAAUCCUGGAUGCAGUAAGUGACCCAAACACGUCUCAUCUUAUUUAUGGUUGGCAUCACAUCGUUGUUGCAUCUUUUCUGUGCAUGCUGUAUUAUAAAACCAUCCUUUAUAUCUGUCCUCUGCAGAUGCUGUCUUUCAUGCGAGCUCAGUACACUCUGUUUCAACAAGGCUACAAUAUCCUGGAUGAGAUCGAUCCCUACAUGAAAAAACUGGCAGCACAGGUGAGUUGACACAAGAAAAGCCAUGCACGCACACAUUUUCAAACACAAUAGCCAUGUUGUACCACUUUUUCUUCUGUGUUUGCUUAGUGCUCCAUUAUGGACAAUGGCUCUUUUGCAAAUAAAACCCUCACUGAGUAAUCAAACUGGUUGUUUAAUCUUGACAAUGACUGAUGGGUGUCUUUUUAAGAAUUACAAGGGAAACUUGAACAAUUGUAGAUUUUGAUUGUUUUUCGUGAGAAAGAAAAUAACGUGCAAAAUAGUUUUUCCUUAAAUAGGAAAAAAAAUUCCGAUAACUAAAGAGGUGGAAUUGUGUCGGUCUUAUACACAUCCAUUCCGGCCUUUCUGUGCUUGCAUUUCUGGCUCUUAGCUUAUAUUUGUGUUAACCUGUCUUAUUGACUCUGCUGUCAUUUUCUCUGUGCAGCUGGACCAGCUGGUCAUCGAUUCAGCCAUGGAGAAGAGAGAGCUGGAGCACAAACAUGCCCUCAUCCAACAGAGAGUGAGACGCCAACACAUACUCUUCACAUCCAACACAUAUCCAAAUCUCACUGCCUUUCAUGUCUCUACCUGUUUUUACUCUCCUCCCAGAUUUGCCACAUGCGCUUGUUUUUUAAAAAAACUGGAUCACCUCCUCAGGCUAAUCACCUGCUUUAAAAGGACAAUCGUGCCAAAAUUUUGAGCACUCUUAACUACAUCAAGCAUUUUUAUUUUCUGACUUUCGUUUUCUCACAGUGCAGUUCAUGUAGAGUCCUCUUGGUUUUUUCCAAUUAUCUUCUUAUUAAGAUAUUUAUUUUGCUUGUAUAUUCAGGUCUCAUUUAUUGUUUUACAACUGUGCUUAUAUCGCAAUACAGAUAGAAAUCUAAUAUUGGUAAGCACAAAGAUUAUAUUAGAACAUAAACACAUGUAAGGAGAAGGAUAAGAGUUGAAAACAAUCAUAUCUGUGAAAGAAGUGGUCAGAGUCCUUUUUUGUCUGUGAAUUAGGAGACAAACAAACUCUGGUCAACUUCAGCUCUCAUGUUGUUCUUCAAAGUUUCCAAAAAGCUACGCAACCACAUUUUUCUGCACACAGACGUCACACUAAGAGUUUUUCACUCUUCAUUGAAGCUCUUUAAAAAGAAUGGUUUUAGAAGUUAUUAUCUGUCUGUCUGGUUUCACAGGAAAAAAAAAGAUAUCUUAGAUUAUCAUCUUUUAGAAACUUAAAAAAAGCCUUUCUUUGGAGGCUUUGAACUAUUUUUAUAUUGUCUAUUUUGUGCCCCGAGCAUCUGUCUAUUCCUGUUUUCUUUGAUUCAGCCAUCCACACAAAAAGCCUCUGAAGUAAUCACAAAUUUAUGGAUGAAGAGUUGUUUUUCUCUCUAGAAGAGAAUAGGAACAUCACACUGAGACAGUUUGAUAUAUUGACUGUACGGGUCACUCAACUGAAUGAAAGUAAUUCUUUCAAACCCGCACACUGCCCCGCAGUCGCAGCCAUGCACAGAUGCUUAAAUCUCAUCCAUCUGUUACCUGAGGAGAUGCCAAAAACUUUUACUGCCAAACUUGACAAAUCCCUCUGAGAGAUGGAGUUGCCAAGUCUCAGCAACCUUUUUCAACUUUUUUAGCCUGCCAGACCCAGCACAUGGCUCUGUGUCUGGCCUAAUGGCCUUAUGCUAACCCAGACUUUAAUCUGAAGGCCAUCACUCAGUGACACUACUUGAUUGUACUUUGAAUUGCUGUACAACACAAGAUGAACACACUUUAAGUCUGAGGCACCCCAGCUAAAACAAAACAGGGGGAUUUGAGGAUGUGAUAAAGCUAUUUCCUGGGAGGCCUUGUGUAUUUUUAGACUUAAAAAGCUCCUCACGGCUUUUUUUUUUUACAUGACCUUUUGGAAAUGAUUGAAUGUGAUUUUUCUGACAUAUUUGGUUUCAUAUGGAGCAAUUCAACGACAGUCCUUUAAUACUAACACUUUUAUCUUUUUCUUUCUCCUUUGUUUUGUCUUCGCCUGCCCGUUUCGGUACUCCAGACUCUGAUGCAGGUGAGUUUACAUCAUUUUUUUGAUAUAUUAUCCACAGUCUGCAUUAUAUAGCACUUGACGCCAGUGCCUAACCAACCAAAUGUGAAAGCCUUUUCAAAGAGGUUUACAAGCAUGAAAUGGCGAAUUGGAUGUUGCAUUGUGUAAUAAUGUUUCUGGAGACUCACAAAAGGGUUUUAAGAUGCUGUUUACCUGGUCUGAACUGGCGGUUUUGCCAAAUUUAUCAUAAGAGGAUUGGAUUUUUCGAUGCUGGCAUUACAGCGUGUCCUCUGAGCACUGUUGUAAACCAGGAUCACAUUAUCCUUGAACAAAGAGCCUUUUUGGAAUCCUGCAGCUUUAAAAAAAAAACACAAGUCUGCUCAUGUUUAUUCUCGGACAAAGACAUGCAUACUUUACCUUUGACCUGCUCUAAUUUUGCUAAACAUCAAUGAAGUGUUACCUAACACACAUCACCUGGUUUGAAAGCUUCUGUCUUUACAUUGAACAUCUAGCUUAAAAUGCACACAUUAGUACCUCGUAAAUUGUGGACCAGCAGAUGUGUGUUUGUAUGUGUGCCUGCAUAUGUAGCGUGGUUGUUUAUCAUUGCAGGGCAGAUUUAGUGCCUGAUGUGUGUGUCGACCAGUUUUAUGGCUGUCACAUGCUGACUCUUGUUACAGGGAUCAAUAGACUGUUCAGUUGAUGUGUGUUUAUGCGUUUGUGUAAGUAAAAGAUGGCCCCUCCUUUUUUAAAAGUAUGUCGAAGUGUGUGAUUUAUAGCAGGCUGUAGCAGACAGAAAUGAUCAGGUUAUGCUACUAGGCACCAUUGUGUUUCUUCGUCUGUGUGUGUGUGUGUGUUUUAUUGUAGUCUGUCUAUUCCUGUUUGUUUUGAUCUUUUCUGUUUACAUUUUUCCUGUCUGAUGGCUGCUUCAGUAAAACUCACACAUUUCUCCUCUUGUCAUGAUGUUUUUCCAGAUUUUGUCUCUGAUCUGUGAUAACUUUCUCCAUAAUACCUGUGUAUCUAAUCUGAGCGGCUUACUUUUAACUCGAAUUUGAGAAAGACUUUAGCUUCUCACGUCAGCAAGCCUGUUAUGUUUUCGUGCAGUGAUGACUUUCUCUGUAUUUUUUGUCUUUUAUGAGUGGAUAUUUGAACAUGAUCAUCUAUAAUUUUUUAUUUAUUUUGAUACAAUUUGGAUGUUAGGUUUUCUUCCUUGUCUUUAAUUGCCAAUUUUUUUUUACUACUUUGCUUCCUCCUUUCCUAUCUUUCCUUCCUUCAAUUGUCUCCUAGGAUUAUUUCUGUGGUAGAAUCAGCACUUUCAUGAGUUGAGAUGAGUUUUUUGGAGACUUUCUACUAUAAUGUACAACACUAAUUCACACUUUUUGAAGCUAAUAGCUACAGGUUCUUCUAACAUUUUAGAUUAUUUAGAACUAACUAGAUUUCCACGUUGCAUUAGUUUUGAGUUUCCAAACCCUUUUGACAGUCUGUAAAUGACAGAAAUUGCAGAAAUAGCCUUGCGGUGAAGUUGAUUUGGGCACAGCCAUCUCUGUUUGUCAGAUUAUAAGUGAGCCAGAAAGUUCAGUGUGUCAGGAGAGGUUGGAGAGAUCUGACAGUGAAUGAUGCCCGGCUCAGCCCUAUGUGCUCCUCCUGCUACUGCCAGCUCCAGCCAAGGUCCACAGAUGGUACCACACACAGCGGUCGGUUUAAUGUGAGGCAAAAGAGAGGAAGGGGACAAAGAGAAAAUAAAUAAAGGAGGAGAGCAUUUUAGGAUCCAGAUGCAGAGUAUGAAAAAAUAAAUUAAACCAAGAAAAAGAUGCAUUUUAAUACCUGUUGACUCUGUUAUUUUCUUUAAUGACCUGAGAAGAAUGGCACUCUUGAAAAGAGAUUUGAGCCAACUUGUUUUUAACUUAAAUGAGCUGUAUAUUAUGGUUGGUUUUCAGUUAUUUUUUAAAUAGGUGAACAAGAAUCAUAAAAUGAAAAUGUUUGAUGUUUGCAAAAAGAGCCUUUUUUCUCUUCAAAUUGACCCAACAUUACUUCUGUCUUUAAUUAUUCCAAACGACUCUUAUUAUUAAAACAAACUACACUAUCCACAUAGUCAUUGCAGGAUAAAACUGAAAACAAAAGUGUGUGUUGAGCAUUUGUAGAGGUUAAUUGGCAAUAAUGCAUUUAGUCACCACUUGUCUGAAAAUGAUACUGUGUGCUGUCUUUUUUUUUUUGUAAUUGUACCUGUAAAAACACCCCUGUUUAAAAGCAGGCAUAAUAGAUGUCUAAAAAAACAGCUGUAGUGAUGCAGGAAGCCGAGAGUUACUGAAUUAUAGAUGGCAUACAUGCUUUAUUAAUAGAGCAUUUAAUAACUGAAGUAAUAACUCUCAGAAAAGAAGAUUAAUGUUGUUUAUGUUAGGUUUGACAUCAUCUUGGACAAACACAGAAAAAUCAGAUCAUCAGUUUAACAUGAUUCAGUUCAAGUUAAGACCCGUGCGUGGGUGUCUUAACUCAUACACAUGGUCAAAAAAUACAGUGAGAAAUGUUUGUGUCACUGCAGUUUUUGGCCUUUACAGUCUUUUACUUCUUUUCUCUUUAUUUUACUGUUUUAUGUAAAUCUAUCUCCCUUUCUUUACACCUCCCUCUCUCCCUCUUUCUUCUUUCUUUCCCUCUCUUUCACAGCAGUCUUUCACUCUUUUAUGUGUGCAGGACUUCAUUGUGGCUCCCAGGAGGAUUGUUCCCCCUGCUCUCCCCUCCUCCAUUGUAACAGCAUUUGGUUGUGCAAGUUUUUAAAGCCAAAGCAGAGUAAACAGAGAGGGACAAAACACUGAGAAAACCACUAAAAGAAACCUGCACUAAAUAAGAGAAGAAAUACCAUAUAAACCAUAUAAACUGUGGUAGGACUACUUUAACUAGUCUGUAUCACUUUAUUUGAUGUAGGCCUAUCUGGUCUUCAACCGUAAUCCACUUCGCUUGUUCUUAUACUUCUAAAACUGAAGAAAUAAGCUGAGGAACAGUGUGAAACUUUGCCAAAAAGCUACUGGCAUGAGUCUUAAUGAUCUUGACUCUGUUUUUAAAUCCAGAGUCACUCAGAGGGCAAAGACCAAAGAAUUUUAACUUCUCUCGUCUAAGAGAAGGUUCACUUUUACUUGCAAAGCCAAAUCAAACAGGUAUCUCAAAUCCUUCUUCCCAACAGCCAUUGGUUUUUUUGAAUAAGCUUUAGGUGAGAUUGAGGGGAACAAUACACCCAUGAAAUUGUGCUGACUCUAUGUAUUCACAUAUAUUUAUUUAUAUUAUUUCUGCUGUAUGGUAUCUUCUGUGAUGUCAGAAGUGUCUGUGUUUUAUCUUCUGUUGGAAACCAAAUUGCUCUCAGGGGACAUUAAAGAAUCUCAAAUCAAAUCAAAUCAAAUCAAAUACUAGUGUUGUUUCGUUCGAGAACAAUUAGUUCAAAAGAACCGAAUCUUCUAUGUGAACGUACUGAAACGAAUCACUUCCUCAAGUGAUUUGUUCGUUUCUCACUUCAGUUGAGCUGUCAUCAGCGCAGCAGGGACUGCGUGCACCAACGCCUGAAUCACUUGGUAAACGAAUCACACAUUGAACUACACUCUCUGUAAUCAUUUUUGUCUGACAAAACAACCUUUUUUUUUUUUUUUACUACUAAAUUUUCACCAGAACAACUUGGAAACAAUAGGACACAGCAUGUAACAAGUAGUGCAUAAAACCCUGCAGCAUCCUAGCGGUUUGCAAGGGAACAGUGCAUGUUCAGUGUGAAUUCUUCUAAAUGGUCAGUGAAUGAAUCACUCACUGAAGCCCAAUUUACCCAGUAGAUAAAUAGCAUACCAUUGGACAGUGCACUUAAAACAUCAUGAUUUAUAAACGAGUUCAUUUUUACAAAUCUGUUUGUCAAAGCAACACAGCCACAACACUCUCAUCUCCCAGACCCAGAAGCCGUGAACUGAACUGAAUCCUGAACCGUUUGGCUAUGUAUCAGUUCAGGAGGUCGGAGUCACGGCCCCUCCUGCCAAGUGCCGAAUGAUUCAGUGAUUCGGUGAAUGAAUCUUUUGAACGAAUCUUUUUAGUGAACUAAUUCUAGUGGUUCAGUACAUUUAAAAUAACUGCCAUGCUCACCACUAUCAAAUACUACCUAAACAUAUUAUCAAUGAGGACAUCUCUGUGACAUACCUAUACAAACAUACCAACUUCAAACUCUGAACAGACUCUGUUGUGGGGCUAUGCUGUGGCAGCCUGGUGUCAUUUUGUUAUCAGACAGGGGUGCCUGGUGUGUUUUUUUACCCAGAAUAGGGUGCAAUAUAAUGGGCAUUAUUUAACGUAGGCUACGGAGCAUAAAGGUGAUGUGUUGGUCUCUUGUUUUCAGCAGUUGUUCUGGCGCCUGUGUGCUGCACUCCUCCAUGGUCCUUGCUGAUUUAAGGUGGGAAGAGGGGGCUCGGGGCUGGUGUUUGGGGAGCAAUAAUGUCAGCUUGAUUAAGCAGCAAUAGUGUUCAGACAGAUGGAAAUCCGACUCUUCGAGGACUGUGGUAGAAACUCCGGGCUUCAGAAUAGCCGUAGGGGAGCCUUAAAUCUCGUAGUGGGGCGGGGAGGCGGCGCGAUGCGGUCACCGAGUGAAAUGUUUGAUCUCGGCAGCCGUGGCGGGGUCAGCGGGGCACGAGGACCCUGUGACAGCUGUAUGUUAAUGAGGGCUCGCGCCGUGUCCACGCGGCCGGGGGAGUGUGUGCAGGUGGUCGUGAGUAAAGGAACGUCACGAGCUCGCUGCAGUUAACUUACCCCUGAAUCCGAGGUUACUCCUCUGUUUCUCCGGGCUCCUCUCCGACAGUGAUGUUAUUUUUUCUUUAGAGAUAAUUAUUAAUUAUUAAUUUAUUUGGAUUAUUUAAUCUGUCGUGGGUGCAUGAUGCUGUUGGAUGUUAGUGUGGUUAAGAUGAAGAUAUUUGGCAGACUCGACUAUACACUGGUGAGGAACUUUUUUUUUUUUUUUCUUCUCUUUAUUUCUUUUAAAACUUUAUGAAUGCUGCAGUUUGACUCUGACUGUACUUAAAUAAGUAUGCUUUUAAAUGUAGAUUUUUAGAAAAUUACAAUAUUAUAUUAUAUUAUAUUAUAUUAUAUUAUAUUAUUUCCCUUUAAUGCCUGAAACCACAAAUUGUGGCCAGAAAAUUUACAUUUUUUUGGAUCUGAAAUGUUUAUUUCACUUACUACUGAAAACCCCCAAAAUCAAAAUGUCCUUAAAAUUUAACAAAUAUAUUUAUUUGUCUCGUUUGAUACAUUAAAUGUUUUUGGAAACUGAUAAACCACAACAGGACAUUUUUAUCAUUUAUCGGACUGUAUUCAGGUGUUUUUUUUUUUUUUGUUUUUUUUUGGUAAUUUGUUGAUUAUAUUGAUUUGAUAGAAGUAUCAUAAAAGUAUCAAAUAUGAUAUAAAAGGCAUUAAAGGGAUAUUAUAUUAUAAUACAUUAUAUUAUAUUAUAUUAUAUAACAUUUGAAUGCUAAAAAAAACACUAGGUCUUGCUUGUUCUUUAAGGGCCAACAGGGUACAUAUGGGGAGCGAUAAGUCUCAAAAUGAUACAAUAUAUAUAGGCUAUCUCCGAUUAACACACGUUUUUUUUAGAUCCACAAAUAUUCACAGUGUGCCUGACAACAUGCAACUUUUACUUGAAAAAGAACACACACACUUGUUUGUUACUACAAAGUUAGGUAACAGAUCAGAGCUAUAUAGUGUGUAUUGUGUUUGUAUUGUGUGUUUGUGUGAGUGCAAUGCCAUACACCAUAUGUCCAGCCCGGUACUAUCCAGCCCCAUACCAAAGGACUUUUUAUCAAUAGUGAAACCUAAGCUCUCAUUUAAAUCCUUUCCUUGUGUUUUUUUUCACCUCACUGAGCAGAUGGCAUGUGGCGUUAAAUGUCUGUUUUAAGAAAUACAACUCUUUGAGGACAAAACAGAUGAGAAAAUGGAGACCUUAUUGUCUGACAGGUAGACAGGUUCUUAAAUUGCCAGUUUGAGGACAGAGAGAUUAAAUUAAGUGAAGUAAAAAGUCAACACAAUAGAGGGGCGUAGUUUAGUAGUAGCAUUGUACAAGCACAGCUACUGUUUGGGACACUGAUAAGGUUGAUAUCUGUUUUCCUUGCUCUGUUAGGUGAAUAUUUAAACUUUUCACAGCACUUUGUCUCUUGAUGUUACGUGUUAGCUGCAGCUGAACUUUGUAACUUUUUAAAAAAUCCCGAGUACUGCAAAUUCCUCCCCGCUGCUUACUCUUAGAAUGUUUCCCCUCAUUGGGGAAGGAAACUUACAAGAGGAAUCAAUUUAAGGAUCAAUAACUUUUUCACCAUAUGAGCAUGGUUGCUAUGGACCAAGACACACUUAAGUUUAAUGAAGUUCAGGGGAUAAUGCCCAUUAAGUUUGACUGGUGUCAUUUUUUUUACAGCAACAGUUUUCAGAGUACCAGAUAAAAUCAUUCAAAUGUGAGCUCUGCUGUUCUCUGGUGAAAAGUUUUUGAUUUUCCUGAAAUUAAUCCUGAGCAGAACCCCAACGCUGAUCUUGUGCACCUAUGUCCUUUCACGGCAGGACUUCUCUUAUGAUGAUCCCAAGCUGGAAUUCAAUGUGGAUGCACCCAAUGGUGUGGUUAUGGAGGGCUACCUCUUCAAGAGGGCCAGCAAUGCUUUCAAGACCUGGAACAGGUAAGAGAAGGAAAUUCAGUGUCAAUACAAUUUAAAGGACACAUUAAACAAUUAAGAUAAAUGGCAGUCAUGUUUUAAAUGAUGUGACCCUUUAACUCAUACUAAAUCUUCUCCUCAAGGCGGUGGUUUUCUAUACAAAACAGCCAGCUGGUCUACCAAAAGAAACUCAAGGUACAGUUUUUACAUUCUUGGGUAAAUAUUUCUCUGUUUUCCAAAUCUGCUAAGCAUUGUUUGACAGCUCUAAUUUAUCGGUGUCAUUAUUGAUAGUUUGUUUGUUUGACUUAACCUUCAUUGUGAUUUAUGAGCAGACAAACCUGCUUUGUUUCGCUACCAAUAAAUUUUGCACCAAACUGUUGUUGUUUCUCUUUUCCAACCACAGGACUCGUUAACAGUUGUGGUUGAGGACCUGAGGCUGUGUUCAGUCAAACCGUGUGAAGAUAAUGAGAGGAGGUUCUGCUUUGAGGUGGUGUCACCCACCAAGUAAGUCUGUGUGUGUGUGUGUGUGUGUGUGAACUUUUGUUUUCCAUAUCAACAAGUUUCAUCUGAACACAUGGUCUGAAAAAACCUCUUGCUGGCAUGCUUGUUUCAAAUAUUCAACCACUGUAACCCAACUGACACUUGUGACCACAAAUUUGGGAAUGUGCAAAUCAGCCAGACAACACACAGAUUUAUGGACAUGGACAUUUACUGGCAGGUAUUUCAUAACUGCCAUUCUUCACAUUGCAGGAGCUGUAUGCUUCAAGCUGAAUCUGAGAAGCUGCGACAGGCUUGGAUCCAGGCGGUCCAGGCCAGCAUUGCCUCUGCGUACAAAGACAUUGCAGACAAUUAUUACAUUGAGGUAUGAAGACAGCCACAGCCACAAAAAGUGCAUUUUCUCUUUAUAUAACGCUAGUUCUGAUUAGCUAAAUAGUCUUUAACCUGUCCACCUGUCCCUGCAGCGCUUGGACCGCACAGCAUCACCCUCUACAAGCAGCAUCGACUCAGCUAGCGAGCCCAGAGAGAGAGGGGAGAGGGCUGAUAGGAGCGUUCGGGGUGGAGGUGGAGAAAGUCUCCUUCAGAGGGUACAGAGUCUGCCAGGAAAUGAGCUGUGCUGUGACUGUGGCCAAGCAUCUCCCUGCUGGGCCUCCAUCAACUUGGGAGUGCUGCUCUGCAUCGAGUGCUCCGGUAUUCACAGGUAACUACAACGAGAAAUGCUAAAAAAUUCCGGUUAAAAACGGAAAUUCUUGGUUUUGUAAGAGAAAACUAUGGCAAGCUGUUUCACAAAAGUAUCUCUACUGUGAAUAGAAAAGAUAUAGUCACAGUAAGCAAAAUAUGGACUACAUACGGUUAAAGAAAUACGUGCCUGAUAUAAAGUCAACGGAGUAAAUGUUGAAGCCAUAAAACAGAUUAUGUUAGCAUAUCUCUUAAAACUUUCAGUCUCAUAACUGUUGAGAAACAGAGCACAUCUUCCACCUCAGGCUGUUGUGUGGGAGGGAAAAUAUGCCGAAGUUAUGGAAAUUGAUAAAAAGUCUUCUUGAAGUUAACUUUCUUUAUAUAAUCUGUUUUUUUUUCUUCUAUCUUUCAGGAGUUUAGGUGUCCAUUGCUCCAAAGUGCGCUCACUGACAUUAGACUCAUGGGAGCCAGAACUGCUUAAGGUGGGUUUCCUCAGCACAUUUGCUUGCAGCUUCGUCUCUCUGUGAUGUUUUUUUUUUUUUUUUGCCCCACAAGAGUUGCAUUUAUAAUCUUUUUUGAGCAUUGCUAAAACUUUUUUCACUUUUCCUUUUUUUCUUUCUUUAUGUCUGCUGCCGUUGUCCUGCUUUCUUGCCUUUGUUAGUUGAUGUGUGAAUUGGGGAACACUGUGAUCAAUCAAAUUUAUGAGGGAACCUGCGAGGAGGUGGGAGCGAAAAAGCCUGGACCGUCCAGUUCGAGGUUAGUGUUUUACUUUUAGCAAUGAGAACAGUUUCCAAAAAGGUUGUGUUUGUGUUGUACUUUUUAUUUAAACAAACUGUUUUGCCAUGAAGUGCUAAUGUAAAGUACAAUUACCAUCCAGUUUCCACCAUCCACUGCACCAACAUAUCCAAACUACACUCCAGUUAGGCUCUACUGUAUAAUUUGUCUCCAGUAUUUUUAAACGGUCAUCUUUUCACCAUGUGCCUUCAGGCAGGAGAAAGAGGCAUGGAUCAAGUCCAAAUACGUGGAGAAGCGCUUCCUAAAAAAGAUGAGUGGGAGUGAAGCUUUGGUGGAGGGUGAGAGGAAGUCCCGGCCCUGGCCAGUGAAGAAGUGCCAGCGACACAAUAGCUCCAUACGGGCUCCAAACAAAGCCCGCAGAAAAUACCAUCGCUAUGAACCAGGCAGCGCUUCACCUGCAAACCUCUCAGCAGGUCAGUCAAGAUAAACGUCUCUAAACACUAAAAAUUGAGAGCAAAAGCUCAGGAAAUCAAGAGUUACCAGACUCAUUAGUCUGUGCAGAUACACUCUCAGUCUUAGACUGAUAUCUUGUGCUAUUUUGUCAUUCGACAGCAGCUGCAGCAAAGUUUCGCAGGGAUUCUCUGUUCUGUCCAGAUGAACUGGAUUCACUUUUUUCCUACUUUGACACUGGCUCUGGUCCUCGCAGUAAGUUCAACAUUGCUAAUCUUAAUGACAUUACAUCAAGACGAGUAUUGUCGUCUGUUACUAGUGACAAACACUUUAUCUGAAAAAAAACCAAACUAAACUACUGAUGUAUUUUCCUUUCAUUAUUUAUGUUUAUCACUAAUCAUCUCGUGUGUAUGUGUUAUGUGUAUAAGUAGUAUUAUAUACGCCGUGUAAUGAUUAACGUGUCCGUGGCUUGGCGAUGCUUGGCCCCGCAGGUCUUAGCAGUGACAGCGGCCUGGGAGGAAGCACUGACGGCAGCACAGACAUCCUGGUUUUUGGCUCAGUUGUGGAUAGUGUAACAGAAGAAGGUAUGAUGUCCUAAUUAAGAACAUAUAGGGAUAUUUUAGAUGUAAGAGGAAUAGAAUUGUAAAUCAGAACUUCCUCUCAUAUUUUAGCCAAAAAAGAUUGAGCUUGUUAAAAUUUACCAAUUUUCUGUGGAAAUUCAACUUCAUUAUUUUGAAAACCCAUACUUUUAUGAGAAAAACUUAGAAUUUACUGCCACAUUACAUAAAAAAGUUGGCUUGAAGAAGAUAUGAAUGUUAAGUUUAAUUUAGUGAGUAAAUUAAUGAUUAUCAGUCAUAGUCAUAGUAUGCCUUGCUGAGUCAUUGUUGAAAGUGUGGACCAAAUUAAGUAAGGCUUUUUUCAGUGGUUAUACAAGUUGUAAUGGAAAGGAAGGAAAGCCUGAACAUUUCUCCCAUUUACAAAAACAUAAAUGUUGCUACAUUCUUUUAGGAAGCCUUAAAACUGAAAACAUGAAAAAAUACUACACACCAUUCCUCUUUCUUGACAUCCUCUUGAUUUGUUUUUCACCUCCAGAAGAGGAGUCAGAAGAGUCAUCCAGUGGUGAGGUGGAGAUCGAACAGGAAGUACCCUCAGACCCUGAAGACCCAAGGGAGCUACACCCCGGGGCGCUUCUCCAUCGGUCCUCCCGGCUACAUAACUUGCCGCUCAUGGCAGAAGCUCUGGCGCAUGGAGCUGAUGUACAUACUGCCAGUGAAGAGGAGGAGGGAAAAACACCUCUCAUCCAGGCAGUUGUAGGGGUAAGACGUAGUUUACAGACAUGCUCAGAUUCGGUAGACAACAGAAAAACAAUGGUUUACCCUUUAGGACCUUGUGUUUUAGAUCAUUCCAAUGCUACACCCUAAUUGAAAGUGUAAUACAAUAGCAAAUAAUUGACCGGAGAUGCCACAUCCAGGUUUUGUGGGCCUUAGAGAGCUAUGAACAUUCUGCCAAAGAUAUAUAUUUGUUUAUAUGUUCAAAAAACAAGCCAAAUUUAAUUACAGGACUCAUGAGUUCUUAGACAACUAAUACACCAUCCUGUCUGCCUGUGUGUCUGUCAGGGCUCUCUGAUAGCCUGUGAGUUCCUACUACAGAACGGGGCCGACGUGAACCAGAGGGACAUGAGAGGCAGAGGCCCUCUUCACCACGCCACCUACCUGGGACACACUGGGUAAGAAAUGUUGGUAUAAGGAAGUUUAUUAGACUCUGCACAGCUGUGAUGAAAUGAUUAUUCAGAAAUGUUGGGAGUUUGCAUAACUUUUUAGUGGUAUUUGCCUAACUCAGACAGCUCUUGUUGAUGAGCUAACCAUUUUUCUCUGUUAUACUUGUCACUAGUACUCACUGCCAGAUGUUUUAGAGUCCUCACCGUAAAUGUCAGUCACACAGAUUUCAGGCCUCAGGGAUUUUGUUAUCUUGCGAAAGCAUCAUGUCUUAAAAAAACAACAAGUGACGCUUUCGCAAGAAAACAAAGUCUCUGAGGCGCUCUUGUUAAGUGUUGCUCAUUCAUGUUGGGCUUCUCUGUCGUUGUGGCUUUUUCAGGAAAUGUAGUUACAACGCAUUAUUUGUAAUAAUUCUGAGACUUGUGGAAACUUACUCAGACCAUGUCAGACCAUGAUAUCAUACAGUACUUUCACUUUCAUUCUCUCUCAUUAAAUCAGGCCAUUUUACAUAACAUCACUGACAGCCAAUUUCACAAUGGCAACAUUGAUCGGAUAACCGGAUAACCUUGUUUUUCGUUGUUCAUAAAGAGUUAAACCUUGAAGGAUGUCAGAGACAGAGCUUGUUAAUUCACCCUUUUGUCCAUUUAUGUUUUGUACAGCCAGGUGUGUCUGUUCCUGAAGAGAGGAGCAUCACAGACAGAGGUGGAUGAGCAGGGUCAUGAUCCCCUCAGUAUUGCUGUCCAGGCCGCCAAUGCAGACAUCGUCACCCUGUGAGUGAACUGAAUUCAUUCGACUUCUUCAUGAAAACAUUCCUCCGUAGGAAGAAAAAGAGACAUUCAUAAGUGUUUCAAUAUAUUGUCUUUACCUAAGGCCUACGUAGAAGCUCAUUCUGCAGCUUUCAAUUCAAAUUUGUUUGGUAGCUAAAAAAUUAACAUCAGUGCUUUUAUUAUCUUCCUUUUUUGCCAAGAAUAAACAACUUUUCUCAAUUGUCUUAAAUAUUUUCCUAAUUGUUUCCUUUACUGUCUCAUCUCCUCUAUUUCCACUCCCGCCUCAACAUUUUCAAUGCUGUCACUCUACCUUUUUUCCCUCUAAAAUCCCUCUCUCCAUCUCUUCUUCUAUCUGCAUUCCUCCGUCUCUUAUCUUUCUUCACCUCCCACUGUCUUUUUUCUCCCCUCCUCCAGAUUGCGUCUAGCCCGGAUGAACGAAGAGAUGCGAGAGGCUGAGGCUCCCUUGGGUCAACCAGGUCAAUACCCCAGCAGCAGCCCUACUGAGCAGCAGUAUAGAAAGUGCAUCCAGGAAUUCAUCUGCCUCAACAUAGACGAGUUCUAGUGCUCACUUAAAUACCUGAGAGCUCGUGCUCUCUCUGUACAAAUAGAUAUAUCAAUAUUCCCCAUGGCUAGGAAAGCUAAAAUAUUCAUGCAGACAAAGUUGCCCUGAGACUUUGAUCUUAAGUCUGUUACUCUAAUACAUUAAAGCUUCUGGGCAACUUCCUGUCGCAAAGAGGAGCAUACCACUUGCUCAGUAAAGCGGCACGUUGUGUCAUAGGAAGACCCCGCUGAUGGACCUUUUUAACUCUAACUCUACUGACAAUGCAGUCACCACCUCCAUUUUUCUGCAUUACCACUAUGUUUCUGCUUGGCACCACCCAUGCUAUGCUAGCUAGAUGACACACAUACACACACAUAGUAAAAUGACAUCUGCUUUUUGGUGUUUUACUAACAGGGUCAUACUCUAACUUAUCAUAAUGUGGUGUAACCUUUUGGUGUGGGGGUGUGGGUUCACUGUUGGCUAAUAGCUCUGAAGACUCUGGCUACAUUAACUCUCCCUGCACCAUCAUAACUAUACAGACCAUCCAACCUACCCAUCUCUAAGUACUGGGAGAUGUAAAUAUGCAUAUUUAGAAGUUACAUGGGUAAUCUUUAAACUAUGUGCUGUGGCAUGAGGUGAAAAAAAAAGGUAAUUGUUCCAUUACUUAAAGGCUGACUGAUAAGCUGCAGUAGAGGUAGCCAAGGUUGUUUACUGUUUUUAGAGAGGGGUCAGGAAGGGAAAAUUAAAUGUAAAACUGUGACAAGAAUACUGAAGGGCUUUUUGGAGAAAAGACCCUUGCCUGUUUUGUAAGAUAGUGUGUGUGUGUGUGUGUGUGUGUGUGUGUGUGUGUGUGUGUGUGUGUGUGUGUGUGUGUGUGUGUGUCAGAGAAUACUGAGAGACAGAGUUGAACCAUAUUAUGAUACAUUAUGUAAAGGAAAAAAAGGAAACUGUGCACUUUUCCCAUUUACAGUAUUAUUUUGUUUAUUUUUUUAUCUGGCUAGUUUUGACAUUGUUUGUGUUAUGUCUAUCUAUUGUCUAUCUUAUUUAUGUCUAUCUCCCCAGAGGACCAGUGCAAUGCAUUCUUUGGUGCAGUUCACAUCUGCACAACUGUCAAUGAUUGUCAUUUUGAUCUGAAAGCGUUACUUGGAGUUAAUAACAGGAAGUCUUUCAAUUAUAUCAUAUAAUAGCACUCAUAAAAAGACGUGUUGCUUUAUGGCCUUACAAUGCUAUGAAUAUGACUAUUGGCAUCCAAGCACCACCCUAAAGAGAUCUGACUAAUUUCUGAGGAAAUUAGAAAUUUUCUAGUUUCCUGUUUUGGGAGUUAAGAGAAGUCAUCUGCUUUUUCCUGUAAGGAUGGAAACAGUGGGAGGAUGUGCAGUAAGGGAGGGGCUAGGAUUGGAGCUCAACUCUGAACCGUUCUUUUAUUAUCUGGAGAAAGGUGACUCAGGAUGCCUCCACUAAGCUGUAAAUACUCACCUGUGUUACAAUAUCUGUAGUCAGAUAGAGGGGCUCAUUUUCAGUUGGUAUAUACACUUGUGUGCGUAUGUAUGUAGGUUUAUGUAUGUGUCUGUGUGCUAUAUAUAUAUAUAUCUAUAUGUAUAUAGACGCACACACACGUACAUACGUUCUCUCUCUAUCUGUCUUCCCGACUGGUUAAUGCUUGCAGUGUUCUCUGCAUGCUCUCCCAGACUACUUCUGGGAGGUUUAAAAUUUUGAGCAUGAUUAAAGUAUCUUUCUAUGGUUUUGAUCACAUUGUGCAGUGCAGUCCUGUAGAGAACGCAUGUGCCAUGUGUCAUAUUUAAUUCUUACUUAACGCACCUCUGUGCCAUCUUUAACAUCCACAAACAAAUCCGUGGCAACUCUGUCAUUCUCAUCUUUCUUUUUUUUCCAUUACAAAAACAGUUUGUUUUUUUUCUCUGCCAAAGACUUUUUAAAGGGAAAGUGUCCGACGUUGUUGUAUAAUAUCACCUUUUUUUUCUACUAAAACUGUUCAGAGUAGAUACUGCAUAGACUUACCAUACUUUGUGAAGUGACAGAGUGGUAGAAACACUGUUGGUGUACUCACGUGUUAAAAAGAGGAUACAAAAAUGUGACAGACCUGAGAGAUUUUGGUAUGGCAGGUGAUAAUCUGCCAAUAGUUCAAUGUGUGCUGCAAGUAGAACCAGUCUAGGGAGUGACGUGAAGCUACUGUGACCAAACUGUAAAGGGCCCUCGCCCUGGCGAAGUAUUUAAUGUUGUGUCUAUUGUGUGUUUUGACAUAGGAGUGAUUAAAGGUGCUGUUCAAAGCAAACAUGCUGUAAAUAGUACACUUGUGUAUUUUAACUCAACGCCAACUGCCUGCCUCUCAGCAUUCAAUCACAGAUCCUGACUGUUGAUCUGUUUUAUGUUUGUCUUUUUAUUCUCUUUACAAACAAACAGAAAAAAAAUCCUGUCAGACAGAACUUUAUCACGUCUCUGUAUUAUUUGGAGGCGUUCUUUUGUUCACUGACAUUUGGAUAUCUUUGGAAUACUUUCUUCCUUGUCUUAAAAAGCACUGAAGGAAAAAGAGUUGACAAAAUGCAUACAAUAAAACGGAAAAACUCUUGAUAAACUAACCCUGCUUCUGGCCUCUUGCUCUCAUCUGACUCCUGUCUCAUCCUUUAUUGCCUACAUAACAUUCUCUCAACAGUACAGCGAUAAAUUAAAAAAGCUUUUUACAAAAUGCCACUCUAACAGAUCAAUUCACUAAUGAAGCUGGGCAGAAACAUUGCCAGAUGUUGGGAGAAUUGAAUUUUUUACAGGUUGGGUAUGCCUUCUGGUCUAUAAUCAACUUGUGGGUGGCAAUUUGCUUAAUCAAAGCAGUGGCGUGAUUUCUAUCUCCAAACUACCAGGUCAACAACAUCACACUUUUUCACAGACUAUAUUUUUUGAUAGUCAAAUGCUUUCCAAAAUGAGCUUUAUUUUCUAGUUUGCAGCAGCAACACUGGGCCUUGAAAAAUCUUGUGUCACCAGGGUGUAAAAUAUUGAUGUUUCCCCCAAAUUACAGACACACCACUACUGAAAAUGUUUCCCCAUGCCGUAAAUGUUAAAUGACUCGCAGUUCAUGUCCACUCACUGAGAUAAAUGUUGACUGAUGUACCAUUGCUUCUUUCACCACAGGGGUUGCUGAGGGGAGCAGGAGAGUUAAAACAAAGGAUGUUCGGGAUAGAGUGAGUGAAGUAUCCCUGGGCUGUGCUUUUGUAGGGGUUGGGCCUCUCUCUGCUUUAAUGGUGUGGGGAAUCUUUAAGGUGUCAUGGUGUUGGCUUUCUGUGGGAAUGUUUUUGACUUUGGGAGAAAUCAAGCAUUCAGAAGUCCAAGGAAAUCUUUGUUGGGUGAGAUUUGUCUUGUUUUAAGAGCUUUGAUGAAGGAUGAAGGAUGAGUAAGGACAACUCUCAAUUUAUCAUUAUCGCUAUCAGGCUGGGGUAACCAAACUGGGGAACAGCCCUUCUAAGGUUGUCAAGCAAUGUGCGCAUGCACACACACGCAAACAAAUAGCACUAUUUAACCUCUCUAUUUCCACAAAUAACAUCUACUUAAAGACCCACUCCAAUAAAAAUCAUGUUUGCCUUGUUUUUUACAUGUUCAUAUGGCAUUUUUCUGAUGCUACGGGACAUGUCAUGAGAAAAAUAAGGGUGAAAUUGCAUUUCUGAGUAUUUCUGCAUUUAAAUUGCUGUGAAUCUCUGGCAGACCCAAACAGCAGGUUUAGACCAUAGACUGUAUAUAGAGUGACACAGGUAAUGCGAUUUUGGCUAAAACACAAUCAGAAUUUAAAGUCCACUGAGAACACCUAAAGCAGUAAAAAAAAAAAAAAAAAUCGGAGUGGGACUUAAACAAUAAACAAUGAAAAUUUGAGUAUUAUUGUGUAUAUAUAUUUUUUUCCUGAACAAACAAGUAACAACAUUUAAAUGUUUUUUGCUUCAACUCCAAAGACUCAAAACUAAGAUCCAAGUCUAAAGUCAUUAUUGUAAAGUACAAGGUACUGACAAACAACAAGAACUGCAAACUGCCUGUUGCAACAUGGUCAAAAUACUCUUAAAAUAAAAAACUUGAACUGGAAUGUAACCUAUGUCAAUAGGCUCUGUGUAAUAAUGCUAGGACAAAUAUAUUCAAGGUAAAAAAAAUAACUUUGUUUAGAUAUCUGACAAGCCAAUCAUAGUCUAGGAUUUCUGGGUGCCUCUGGCCUUGUCAAUCAGAUUUCAAGGGCUCAUGCUCUUCAGAGAUCCAGGGAUGAUGAAAUGUAAAUCCCUAUAUUUUAGGUUCAUAAAUACAAGUAUAAUUGCUCAAGUAUUUACUCAGGGGCUAAUGGGAUCCCAAGGUUAUCAAUAAGAGGGAUAAGGACAGGAUGCUUGCCACUCUAUUUUCACUCUGUUUCAAUUUCUUAUUUCCUGCUCUCCAGCAAACUGUCUCAGUCUAAUUUUAAAGAUAUAUAAGAUAAAGUUGAAGUUAAUGGAAGCAAAAAAAAGUGUUUUCAAAUGACAGAAAGGAUACAUUCAGGAAGAAUAAGUCAUCUAUAUUUCUGCAUGAAUGCACUGUGGUGUAGGCCUAUUAUUAAGCUAAGAGCUCUUCUCCAUCUCAUGGCUGGCUUUGCUUUGGUGGCGUCACUCUUUGGUACAGGGGUUUAUCUCCUUUGGCUGUCUUUCUGGAGAGUCAGAUGUGGAUUCCUUGGGAAUCCAGCAUAUACUGGCUUCAGAAACCAGAAUGGUCAGUGCAGUCCUCUAGUGGGACAAACCCCACUUGACUUCAGUAUCCCCCUUUUGCAGGUGACAUCUCCUGUGUUGCUGUAUUUUGCGAAUUUUCUAUCCUUACGUCUUUCCAGCCCAAGAAGUUGAGGAUGAGUUCACAGUUUGGCCACUGCCAGGAGCCGCAGUAACUUCAGACAACCACUCCAUCUACUUGUCCUCCACUUCAGUGACUGUGACAGCCAAGUGUAUUUAUUAAAAUUAUUAAAGGACUGUUUGAUGCCAAGGAAAGGAUGCAGCUGGAAACGCUCUGAUUAUAAAAACAUGCAGACAUUUUUUUUUGUUUGUUUUUGUGCUCUUUUAUAAGCUUGAAAUUCAUUAAGAUUGAUUUACAAAUGUGUUAUGAAAUAUUUAAGCUAGGGCUGGGCGAUAAAAUGAUAACGAUAUAUAUCGAAAAUUAAUUUAACCCAAAAUCAAUAUAAAACAUGGUCAAUAUCCUUUACAAUAGUCGGCAUUCUGCCAUGUUUUGGUAGACUAUACCAAUAGCUAAUGAAAAGGGGAGUUGCUCCGGGUCCGCUUCACACUGAGCCAAUCGUGCUGAAUUAGAACCAAGUAGCAAACAACUGUGUAGUAGCAGGCUGCAGCUAGAAGCAAACCAUAACACUUUAACAUGUGAAGCCAACUGCACUGUCGGUGAGAAAAAAGAAAAUGAGUGCUACCCCCAGCAGAAAUGCAGAUGAAGGCUCAACAGAUGAUGACAUCCUUUACAACACUGGCACGAAAAUGUCGGUGGUGCGGAGGCAUUUCGGUUUUUUGAGGUCAGACAUGAAGCAGAGUAAUGUGCACUGCAAAUUAUGUCUGGUACAUGUUCUCGCAAAGCCAAGGAAUAACUCGUAUCUGAUUCACCACCUGAAGCAGUGCCACGCGGCAGAGCACACACAAUGCAAAAGGUCACAAACCCAGAGCGGAGCAAGGAGCCUGUGCACCCGAAACAGCUGACCAUUCAGUCUGCUUUUUCUAGCACAACACCUUACAACAAAACAUCGAAGAGACACAAAGACCUCACAGACACAGUAGCUUAUGGUAUUGCAAAAGACAUGCUACCAAUAAGCACAGGUAAAUUUCGUUUUUUGUAUCGUGAUAUAUAUCGACAUUGACUGAUAUGAAAAAGAUAUAGCUUAUUGUGAUAAACUUUUUCCCAUAUCACCCAGCCCUAAUUUAAGCCUAUGCAGUUUUUUCCACCUGUACUUUUUAUGAUGACUUAGCUAUAUAUUUAAGCCUAAUCAGUGCAAUGUCACUUUGGUAUUUUGUAAAAGUAUAUUUCAUUGAAUUCAAUUGUCUGAAAAAUGAUCAUAACUGUUCAACAGUAUAACAAAACAGAAAUAAACAUUCCAGACAGAAACGGCUUACAGAUUGUUUUUGUGCUUUUACCACGUCUUAUCUUUUAAAAUGUCCAAUUUAAAAAACAGUAGCAUAACAAUGUGACCCGGCAAGACCGCAACAUAUAGAUAGACGUGUUUCGGGAAGAGGGGACGAGAUCGCAGAGGCACCGUGGAAUACUGGUGAUAAAUCGACCUUCAAAUUACGCAGUAAGAUUGUAUUUUUACCAUGUUUAAUCUACUGUUUUAAGGAAACUGUGAGACUUUUUGAAAAAUACCCUGGAGUGUUGCAUUGGUGAUCGGCUAAUGUCAGUAGUGCGCUUUUUAUUCCGCAUUUUCAGCAAUUAUAAAAACAGAUGAAGAAGAAAACCGGAAGCGCUGCUUUCCUCCUUUAGCUGUAGCUACGUUGGAGUCAUCGUCUUAUCGGUUUUGGGGUUUGACUACAGAAACAACAGCCUUAUUUCGUGUCAAACCACGAAUACUUGUUUAUACUGGGGGUCUCUGGAGAGGUAUGUUCACUGUACACGCUGUGUGGUCAGAAUUGGCUGACAUGUUGGGCUCCGUCCUCUUUAAUAACAGUAUUACUGGUGCUAAUGCUAGCUAGCCAAACACAGCUGCGGCCUUCGUUAGCGGCUAAAGCUUUAGCAAGUCGUCGUGUCAAGUUAGCAGUUAGCUCACUUGGGCGGAGAUGAUUGAUAUAAUACGGUUGUUACGAGUCUCCAGCCACGUAUGAUGUCAAUCGGUGUUUUCAGGUUGAUAUGUGUGUGUUUAGAGUUAAAUAAUAGACCGAUACGGAGCGAAGUUGUUGUGUUGAGCUAGCGAUUUAACAUUAAGGUUAGCGGAUUAGCCUGAGCUAAUAUAAGUUGAAUUAGUGCCAGGUAGUCUGUGAUUUACAGGUAUAUAUAAACACAGUUACUGUUCAACUACGGCUCAUACUGUCAGCUGCUCUCCUCGUGAAACUGGGUCUGUUAAAAGAGAUAUUACCUACCAAAUAAAUCAAAGUAUUAUUAUUACUAUCAUGAAACUGGAUGAGCUAGGAAGUAUAUUAAAUUCAGAUUAUGUCAAUUAAUUUUGCGAUUAUAAUCAUACUUGACACGUGUAUAUUUGUUUAUUUACGUUCAGUCAACACAGUUUAGAUCCAGACAAGGUCAGUUAAGUUCAGCCUUACUUAGUGACUGAAACUUAGAUGAAAUACAUACACUGACAUGAUGAUAAUAUGUGAUCAUAACAUUGUGAUUAACUUGUUAAUCUACUGCAGCUCAAUACAGCAGCUCUAUCAUAAACUGUACCUCUCAAUAGACACUCAUAAGGGUGAUUAUUGUAUUUGCUAUGUGUUAUUGAAGACCCAGUGUGUGUGUGUGAUAGAGAGAGAAAGAGUGGUGUACUGACAGGAUGGGGACAAAGUAUUAGGAACAAGUUUUGAUAUAUUUGUUUUGAUAUUUUUGAUAUAUCUGAUGUUCUGUUUGUCAAAGCACUUUGUAAACUUCUGUUUUUAAAAGUGCUAUAAAAACAAAGUUGUUAUUAUUAUUAUUAUUAUUAUUAUUUCACUGAAGUGCACCAACAUUAGGCCUGAGCGAUUUGGCCAAAAAGAUGAUCACGAUAUACUCUGUCCGAUCUCGAUUGUUAUCCCAUUUGUUUGUUUUUUAAACUGCCAGUUUUAAAGCAUCUGUAUUUAAAACUAAAAAAUAAAUAGAUAAAUACUAAAUAAUAAUAAUGAUAAUAAUAAUAACUUUAUUUAUAUAGCACUUUUUAAAACAGAAGUUUACAAAGUGCUUUGACAAACACUUGCAAAGCACAGAAUAUCAGCACAUGAAAAUAAAAACAAAAGCUCAGUUAAAAACAAGGCCUCCGAAUUGAAGGCCAAUUUCAUUUUUCAUUAGAAACCCAGGCAAUAUGAGGACCCCACAACAUAAAAUGAGACCAAACAGGAUAGUAAGUACAAAAGAGGAUACUGAUAAUAAUAAUACAAUCAUAAUAAAAUAAUAAGGAUGGUAAUAUUAAUGAUAAAAUGGAAUAAUAAAAAUGAGCAGGAAAAAACAUUAAAAUCAAGAAAAGGCCUAAAAGGUAAAAUAAGAAAAGAUUAUAAGUAAAACAAAGGCUGAAAGUACAGUAAGUCAAAAUAAGAUGUGCUAAAAGAGAAAAGAAAAGACGGCAUCAGAUAAAAGCAAGUCUGUAAAAGUGAGUUAUAAGACGUUGCAUAACUUUUCUUCUCAACAAUAUCAUCUUUGGAGGAUGACUCAAAGUCAUGGUUGACAUCUAUUUUACUGCCGUCAGCUCCAUGUUCAGUCACUCUGUUUACUUCUCCGGCAAAUUACAGAAGUGAGCAGGAAAAGCUCGACUCUGAUUGGCUGUUGUGAUGCACAUUAUCGCCAUGUUUGAUCGAAUAAAUAAGCUCACAGCUGAUCACCGUGAUCGAACUGAGAUUUAUCAUGAUCAUUAACCCCUAUCAUAUAAUUGCCCUGUCCUAACCAACAUCCAUGACAAUUUCAACAUAGAUUUAAAAAAGAACAAUUAUCUACCAUGUUGAUAAAAACUUGAAAUGUCGAGUCUUCUCAAAUGUUAGAUUUAUGGUAGAGAAGAACUGCGUUGCAUCAGAUUAUCCAAGUGUUUCUGGUGUCAUGGCUCGUCCUUGUUACUUCCUCAUAAGCUAAAGAAUAGUUGCUGUUUCACAACAAGCUGAAACAAUAAUUAGGCUUGUUUCAACCGUACUGUUGCUCAAGGGAAUUGUCUUUAUACUGAUUCAUAAUUAAAGCCGGUGUGUCUUUACAAAUAUGGCAUCAAGGUGAUCUGGAUGUUCUACACCAGUUCCCACUGGGAUUAAAGCCUUGAACAGUUAGAGCUUAACAGAAAUGCUGCAACAAAAUUAGACCUAAAUCUGAUAAUGACAAACACACAGUGACUGGACUACAGUUAUUUUAUGUCUGCUAGUGAAGCUAUGUCAAUAGUUUGUAAGCUCUGGUAAGUUUUCACAGACUAAAACUUGCUUCCUAAUUGAAGCUGUCUGUUGGCACAAUAUUUAUAAAUAACCACAGCUGGCAGCAUGUUAAGGAAAUAUCCCUUAAUUUAAAAGAAACUAACAUUAAAAUACAUCCCAUAUAUCAGUAUGAACAGUAUCAAUCAGAUACAGAAUAGCUACAAAGUGUAAGAGGACUGAGUGCCAGAAAGCUGAACUGUUCUAGGGUUAAAAAAAAUCCACAGUAAACAAAGUUUACACUUUGACCUACUAAUACAGAAGAUUGUGUCCUUCAAAGGGUUCCAAUAAUGGUGUAUCAGUAACAGAUAUGGUCGCUUUUUCUCUAAAUCAUCAGAUGAACAACAACGGGAAUAAGAGAGCUCCAACCACAGCCACCCAGCGACUUAAACAGGAUUACCUCAGGAUAAAGAAAGACCCUGUGCCUUAUAUCUGUGCAGAACCUCUCCCCUCCAACAUCCUAGAAUGGUAAGAUUUCCAUCCUAGAAAAAAUAUAUAUAUCUGCUAUAAUUAUUAAUGGGUUUAAAUUUGUUUUUCAGUGUUUAAACUUAUACAGGCUUUAAAUGUGGUGAGGAUUGAACAUGCAUUUAUUGUGUGAUGCUUUGUCAUUAAAGGGAUAGCUCAGUUCUUUUAAAGUGAAGUUGCAUACGGAUUGUCAAUAGGAGCUCCAGAUGGAGGCCAGUGUACCCGUAUACAGUGUACUUUGUUUAGAUCCUUUGCUUAGAUACCAAGUGAAGAUCCAGACAUACACUACUCUUCAUUUACGUUUUCCCCUCCUGCCUACAGGCACACGACUGUAUUAUUAAGGAAACUUUUUAGAAUACUUUCUAAAUAGAUAGUUUGUUGUUGAAUACAUGGAAACUAUGUGAUCAUUCGACUUAUGAAUUUCCAACAGUUAAACUAUAUUUUAUCAUAUUUUUGCCCCUAUGUUAUAAGCGAUAUGUCAUGAUGCACUGGAACUUCCCUAUGACAUAAUCCUGACCCUUACAGUGUAACGGUUUAAAAAGCAGAGGUUUUCAAUAGCAUUUGCAGUUUUGCCUACUCAAUUUUGGUUCGGCAUGGAAGCAGGAAACUCUCCCUUGUGGCCAAACACCAAAAUAAUCAUCCUCCCAGUCUGGGUGAAAAUAAUACUUUUAAGCAUCAGUCAAUGUAGUGCUCUGAAAGUGUAUACAGUUUGACAGCUAUCCACCACCAUUCACACUCCUGCCCUGACACUGCUCAUGCUCACCAGUCAGUAGUCAUUUCAGGACACCAAUAGUGGAAGCACCCUGAAAGUAAUUUUGAAAUUUGAAUGAUUUAAAACUGCAUAUUUUAUUAAUGAUAGAAAAAUAGAUUAAAAUUGGAACUUAAAUUUUAAACACAGCCAUGAAAAUAAAGCGUUGCAUUAUUUGUCCACUUUUCUUUGUUGCCACAUGAGCCCUGAAAUGCAUCAGUUGCAGCAAGUUAUUUCCCAGCAGCACAUGAAAUACACCAGCGUGUGCACAUAGGUAUGCUAAUUUUCUGCAGUCUUGCCAAACGAAGGAUCUUAGACUUUUAACCAGUUAGAAACUCACAGGUGCACAUAUACAUGACUAGUUUUUACUUUUACAGUAUAUUUAUAAAAGAUUGUAACAUUUUUACUUUUUAUUUAUUUAUAGUCAUUUUUGAAACGUGUACUACAUCUCUAAAAAGUUGCUUGAUCUUAUGAAUGAAAGCAUGGAUUUUUACCCAUGUUGGGAUAUAUUUUGUGUAUGUCAUUUUCUUGUCUUUUUGUACAUGACAAGGAAGUUCCAGUUAAAAUGGGGAAAAGAUUUUCCAAGUUAGUAAAACGUCUGGGAACACUAAAGAGAAAACAUUCAUUAAGGUGUUCUCAAAAAACGAAAACGUUGCUAGAACAGAUAACGGCAGUUUUUAAAAAAACUAUUGGAGGCCCUGUCCAAAGAAUUUAUAUCCAUCUCAAAAAGUAACGCCAAUGAAAUGUAUACCUUUUUAAUAUAUCUAAGCAAAAAAAAAUAAAUCUCUAAAUUUGGUUUGGAUUCAGCGCGCAGAUGUCCCUUUUUUUAUUCUGAGUCUUAUCCAACAGAUUCUAAUGGCUUCAGUGAAACGAUUACUUUCGUUUCAAGUGGCUAGAACAUAAAAGGCUUGAAUAUCUUUCAGUUGUAGAUGCAUUUUCUCUGAUCUAAAAAUAUAGAUGUGUAUUACGCAUCUUUAUUCCCAGAGAACCAGAGAUGAGCCAGAAAUAUAGUAAACAAAAGAGAACCAACAAAUUAAGUCUCAGGGGACAAACUGGAGCUUUGUCAAGAGUGAUAUGUUAUUCCAUAGGAUGGAAAUUGACUCCAAAGUCUUGGCUUCACUGUUUCCUCCCAAAAGUUCAUCGAUGUAGCAGCCACUGACAAAUCUUUCCUGUGCUCUGCAGGCACUAUGUAGUCAGAGGUCCUGAGAAAACUCCAUAUGAAGGUAAGGAGAUGCCUACUGACCUUUUUACAGCACAUUUAAGUUGCCACAGUUAGUGUCUUUGUCGUACCCAAUUCUUUGUAUAAAGGACAGCUGGACUUAAAAUAUAGAUAAUGUCUAAUAUGGUUCUGAUCCUCAAACAAGUUCAGUUGCCCUUUCAACAAAGAAUUAGAUAACCAUGACCUAGAUGACUAAAAAUCUACACAGACAUCUCUAUCCUAGCAAGUUGAUGCUUGUUGAGCUCUGUGGUUUGGCCAUUUGCCCACCAGUCUUAGACUGAGUCAUAUUUUCUGUUUCGUCUUUAAAUUCUGUUUUAAUCCUAUUGUCUCGUACAUUCCUUGUUCUUAGGUGGAUAUUAUCAUGGAAAACUCAUAUUCCCUCGGGAAUUUCCCUUUAAACCACCUAGUAUCUACAUGAUAACACCAAAUGGGAGAUUCAAAUGUAAUACAAGGUAAGAAUGCAAGCUGUUAGUAAAGUGAGGACUAUGUGAUAAAUUCAUCAGACAGAAUAAUUUGCAUAUUGGGUUUGACCUUGAACCGACCACAGUUUUUAGAGUCAUGUCCAGGGCUUGACACUAACUUUUUCAACGUAGGAACACACAGAGAACUUUAGGGGCACAAUGAAAAUUGAUUAAACAAGAUGUGUCUUAUUGUCCGAACUUAGUACUAUUAUUUGAAAUCAAUUUUAGGUCAAUUGGUCACAUGACAUGGAAGCUAAUAAAGGAAACCAGCCUUUUUGAAAACAUCAACCGCUAAUUUGUUGACGGUCCCUUAUAUUGACAUUGACAGCAAGGGUGCCAAGUAGAUUUAACCGCCCUGCUGUUGCUAUCCCCAGUUAUGGAGAGUGAGAAGACAUCGGUAAAUCUGCAGUGAAUGUCCAUCAGAUAUCCAACCUAAAAGUAACUUCACUGCGGUAUUUACAUGAAAAAACAUUUGUUGCCUAGGCUGAUUUUUUUUAAUGCUCAUAUGUGCCCCUAAGUGCAUUUUACAAUUCGCACACAUCUAUUUUUAGUCGCAAAUGUGAGUGAAGCGGUCGCACUGUCAAGCCCUGAUGUCUUUGUCAUUUGUAGUUUUACUUUCAUACAUGGAGGUUUUUUUUUUUUGUAAAAUAUCAGAGAUCCAUUUCAUGCUGCCCUAGUUCGGGAACAUGCACCUGGCUUAUUCAUUCUGACGUUUCCUGUCUCCUCCACAGGUUAUGUUUGUCCAUCACAGAUUUCCAUCCAGACACGUGGAACCCUGCGUGGUCCGUCUCCACCAUCCUCACAGGUCUGCUUAGCUUCAUGGUGGAGAAAGGCCCCACCCUCGGCAGCAUUGAGACCUCUGACUACACAGUGAGUACAGAUCUCAACACUUUUUGUAGGUGGUGUCGAACGCCCUCUGAUGUAGCAAAACAUCGAUGUGGUUGUUUUUAAUUUCAGAAAAGACAGCUGUCAGCCCAAAGCCUGGCCUUCAACCUUAAGGACAAAGUGUUCUGUGAGCUGUUUCCUGAUGUGGUCGAUGUACGUAUACAGACAUUUCUGUCUUCGUACCCUUUUGUUUCCUUUUUUUUUGGCUCAAAUUAAGUUAUUUGCUCUUUUUCCUUCACCAGGAGAUGAAACAGAAACAGAAAGCACAGGAGGAGUUAAGCGCCCGCACUCAGCCCCUCCCCCUCCCUGACGUGGUGCCUGAUGGAGACCCUCAGCAGGCCCAUUACGGCCUCCCCGCCCUCAAUGGAGGUCCCAUUCCACACGGAGGCGCCAAUCCCGCGCCCGGCCUACAGCAGGCCAAUCGCAACCACGGACUUCUGGGUGGAGCUCUAGCCAACCUCUUUGUGAUCGUAGGCUUCGCUGCGUUUGCCUACACGGUCAAGUACGUGCUGAGGAGCAUAGCCCAGGAGUGAGGGGAGCGGGUGUCGUAGGGUGACGCACCCCCCUGCAGGUGAGCCAGCUAGUGGACUCUACAUUCAACAAACACACUACGUGGGGGAGGGAUGUUCAAUCCAGGGUUUAACCCCUCCAUGACCACCACCACCACAACCACCACCAUGGACUUUGGAAGCCAACCCACCCAAGAAGGACUGAGAGCAGGAGGAGGGGAGGAGGUGGGGGAGUGGACGGGAGUGGGAGUGGGAGUGGGAGUAGGGCUUAUUAAAAAACGGUUGUGAUCCACUCUGUGCUUCAGUGGUUUGUGUUAGAAGCAGGAACAGAUUUGGCUCAUGGGUUGUGGAAGAGUGUCGAACUUCAGCAGGUCAUUGUCGCUUCAUGCUGGAGGAAGAUCACAAUGAUAGAAAAUGCUCUCUGAGUUGAAAUAAUAAAGUGUACCAUUGUUCUCCGGCUCUGACGCCAAACUGCUUUCAAAAGCUUGUCUCAAAAACAUCUCAGUAGCUGUCCCUUCAGGCCAUCACCCGCUCAAGUGUGUCCUUUUACAGUGGUUUCAGGUCAGAGACUGCUCAGCGUGCGAUCUGACUCUGCUGGAUGGAUUGAGAUCAGUAAAGGAGGAAUGCCACAAGGUUUGGUUGUGUGGAUUUCCUCAUAAUUCCACUUGCAUUUGAUUUUGUGUCCUUUUCCCUUUGUGAGCUGCACAGAAUCAGGUUAGAGUUGCCUGAUACAUGCAGCUGCGUAUUAAAAACCAGUUUUUCUACUUUGAGUAAUCUAUGUCAUCGGUUACUUUCGGUUGGUUUUUGAUGGAAAAGAGUCCUGGAUAAAUACCACACAUGCCCUCUACGCAAAGAUAAGCUCGCCCACAUAUUUCCAUUCCAUUGGUGCAGAAAUGUUAUUUAAACAAAUGGAACUUCCAGGGAACUGCACUUCAGGCUGCAUUCAGGAGAGCGAUAAGAACAAGAGGUGUCAUGACCUCUUUUUGACAUGACAUGACAGACCAGUGAGCCUGUUAGAAAUCAGGGCUGAGCCAAGAAAAACUUGUCUGACUGUAUAACAGAAAAAAAAAGUGUUAAAACCAGAAGUCAGGAAUGCAAAAAAGACCAGAAACAGUAGGCAGAAAUGAGAACAGUAGAAAAAACUGUUGGGUCUCAUUAUUAAGGACUAUUUUCUUUAUCAAGCUUAACACCUGAUGAUGACGGAUUACGGCCUGGAGAAAGAGUCUUGCCUCAAGCACAGUGUUCAAGUUCGCAUAUCUCUCUCAUACUCUUAUACUGAAGAUCAUGAAAUGAAAAUCAUGAAAACAGACCCAAUGAGCCCGAGUCACUAAUCAGUGGUCAGUCUGCUGCAUGUCCACAGGUUGUCCCCUCAACCCAUGAGCCAAGCAGUGAACCUCACGUCUGCACAGAAUUCACUCGAGACCUUUACCCUUUUCAAAUUGGCUAAACUGACCAGUGAAGCACCACUCUAUAUAGGUCCAAGUAAGGGGGCACAUGAAGAGAACCAACAUUUUUCUGUAUAUUCUUUUUCUUUACUGUAUUUUUUUUUCUUUGUGUUUUGUUCUCUUUAUUUAUAGAAACAGCCUCGACUCGUCCGUCAUAAUUGAGAGAAAACAGCGAGUGUUUGCUGAGCACCUGUGUACAGGCAAACACGCAGACAGGCUGCGGCGCAGGCUUACAUAAUUGCUGAUAAUUUACUGUUGUGCAUUGCAAUUAGUACAGAUGGAUCUACUGUGUAUCUAACGUCUUAUCAGAAAUAAGGUCUGAAAACAGAGGAUUCGCCUUUCUAUGGCUCUUUCCUGGCACCAUCUUUAAAAAAAAAAAAGACAAACUGCUGAUGAUGGGAGUGUGUUUGUGUGAUUAUGCAGCAAAUGCCCAGAUUUCCAUGCUCAGUUAAUCUUGUGUGACAUUGUAUGUUUUCAUAGUAAAUGCAAAUAAAUUACCCUGCGUUGCAGGGCAUUUUAGCAAACCGUCCCUCAAAUUUGCUUCUGUGAUCAUGUUCGUACAGUCAAAUGUCCGUUCAUGUGGAUUGAGUUGUUCCAUAAUGGGUCAAAGUUGGAAUUCCUUCUAAAUGAACCAACCCACAUCACCCACACAGGCUACAAUAUUUGGAUAGUCAAGAGCCAAUUGAGGUUGUACGCCUAUCUGUUGGGGCAGGUUGUGUGUGUGUGUGUGUGUGUGGAGUUCCACAGAACGUUGUUUACCUGAGGACUGCGCUUCCUUGGAAAUGUUCUCCACGUGACAAGAUUUCUCACGUCUACAGAGACGGCUUUAAGAGCACAGCUGUGGGCUAAACAGUCACACAGAGCUCACUCAGUCUGACAGAAACUUAACCUUGAGCAGUGCCGUACAGGACUCUGAAUUCCUCCAAGUGAGUAUUGUUUUAGAAACUUUUUUUUCCCUCUGCUGGAAUAAUGGAGCAUGUUGGUUGAUCCGUUUGAUUUAUGCUUUUCUGUUUUUACUGAUUUUCUCUGUCUUGUGCUGUAUCUAGUCUCUUUCUACAGCCAUCUGUCAUCAUGUUCGUAAGUGAAGAGCUGGAGUGUGUCGUGUGCUUCCACGAGUUCUCUCGCAGCGAUCGAGUCCCUCGGGUCCUCCACUGCAAGCACACCUUUUGUGAACCCUGCCUGGAGAAACUGUCCAAACUGGAUGGCAUUAUGCGUACUGUGUCCUGCCCUCUGUGCCGCUGGAUCACUUGCACCCGGGCCAGCCUGACCCUGUCUGGGUCCUUGUGGGUCGACACCAACAUCUGGGACCAGCUAGAUCAGCAGCAGGAGAAAAGGAGGAAUUCAUCAGUGGAGGAUUUAACUGAGACCAUUACACCGUUCAUCAGCAAAGCACAGUGAGUGUUUACCGCUGACCUUCCUCUAAUGGUUAAAACACCCUUGAACUCUCCUUUCAUCGUGCAAAACAAACUCUAACCUCUGUCUCUCUUUGUCCCCCUUCAGCACAGUUUGUAGAAAAUCUGGUUUCAUGUCCGCAUUCCAGAAGAUAUUCAGCUGCGUGCCUGUGCACAGUCAAGAGAGAGAAAGCUGCUGA